AUGAUGCCGGCGUCGCGGCAGCUGCGUCGUCGUCUUCGGCAUGAUGACCGCGGUAUGGCCACCAAGCGCGACGCGUCCAUGGGCUGACCAUGACCGCUGUGCCGGCGCACGGGACGACGCACAUUGCACCGUCGUUGUGCCGGGUGGUGGCACUUCUUAGUGCCGUGUGCUGGUGUUGGGUACUGAGAAUGGCUUCCGAUAUGCCGGACCUGUCGCACCUGACGCCCGAGGAGCGGGAGAUCAUCGAAUCCGUGGUGCACAGGCAGAAACAGGAGGAACAGAAGGAACAGGAAAUCAUGAGGUUGGUAUACCAUACGAAUGAUAAUAUUUAUAUAUAAAUUUUACGUAGCGUACGGAUACGGAUAUACGUAUAAUAGCAACGCGUGUAUCUUAUCCGUACCGGCUCUAAUAAUAAUAAUAAUAUUAUUUUCGUCCUAACGAUAAAUAACGAUCGUGUGACAAUGUAAUAUAGACAGGUAAUGAUAAUAUUAACAAUAAUAAAAUAACAAUAAUAAUAACGCAUAAUACGGCACCGCCGCCGCCGUCAUCUGACGCCGCGGACCGUACAUAGUCGGCGUCAUUGUUGCGCGGAGGCGGCGGCGGCGGGGUUGAACUUUUGAACUUUAACCGCGCGCGAGCCGACAGCUUAAUACCAUACGCGCGCGUCCGUGGCCAAACGGCGUGAUUAUUGCCGUCGGCUACGCCGUGUAUAAUACAAUAUUCCGUAUUUGUCGUGUAUUAUUGUAUAUUGUCGGUAUAUUAUCGUUACCGGCGUACGGCCGCGGGAAGUCGCUGUAUUUUCGGGGGAUGUUUUGAUGACGACGGCGCGCCUCGUCCGCGGACGCAACGCCCCCCCACCACCCUAACCAUCCCUUCACCGUUGCACCCGCUUUACAGCGGUCCGACCGCCGCGACGACGGCGGCCACUGCAGCAGGGCGUGGAGGUCGUCCCGCGAAGAGACGCCGACGUCCGGUCCGCGUAGCGCGUCGCGAAAAACUCCGCUUAUUGUGCUCUGCGAAUAUAAUGCAGCCGCUGCCGCCGCCGCUGCCGCCGCCGUCGGCCGGCCGCUCGUCUGCUGCACGACGGACCUCUCCUCCCCGCAGGAUCGCCCAUUUUUUCGUCACAUCACACACGCGCGCACACACACAAACACACGCACACACACAAACACACGCACACACAUAUCACGCAAAAACACACAUUAUCUCAAUGUUUAGGAUAUUAAUAUAGUAUGCGAAGUUUCGAGUAAUUUUUCGGACAAUUUAAACUUUUUUCAUUUGGACGUAUCAUUGUGCUAUGUAUACACUAUAAACGUUUACAUCGAUACCGAACAUCCGCAGAAAUCACCCGCCCGUCCACCCACCCACUCGCCCACUCGCCCCCUUCUUUAAACCGACGCUGGCCAUAAGGGAAAACGCGAUCAGCCGACUGACGUCAGCGUGCACUUCUGCAACGUCAUUAUUCCUUUGUACAGCUUGAAUUAUUUUUUUUUAAAUUUCAAUAAUGUAUUCAUACCUUAUAAGUACAGUUCGGAACGGUCGCCAAAUAACAAUUUCGAAAAAAAUGAGAAAUCUGGUAAAUUGCGACAAAGUUAACUUUAACUUUUUUAGUCAGCAUAUGGCAACAAAGGAAAAAUUCCUCGUACUAUGCUAUCGCCUACUACUCCAUUGAGAAUCGUAUUUGGAUUGCAAUGAUUUAUUGUUGCGUUCGGUAUAUAAAUUAAAUUACUCUCUACAUCCUAAUACCAUCCGUAUACCAUCCAAAUUCGCCAAAUUACGGUGCGAAGGUACGGAUGUAAAUUGUCACAAGAUUAACUUUUUUUCUUAAAGUCGAUGUGUAAACUGUGACAGAAAAAAAUGAAUACUACACAAACUGCGAUAAAACCGAUUAGGUAUAUUGUACCAACUAUGAUCAUUUUUGAUAGACACCAUAUUUUAAUUGGGUUCAGUGGUGGCAGGGAUCCAGGGGGGACAAGGAUGGGGAUCUAUUCCCGCCUGUCCAUUUACUUCCGAACAAUAAGGUAUUAUUAUUUUUAUAAGCUUCAAUAUAAAUUGUAAUUCUAUAAAUAUUUAGAUAAAUAUUAUUGAAUUGUAUUAGAUUAAUAUUUAGAUUAAACUUGUGGCGGGGUUUACAAUUGUACGUACAUUUAAAAAACAAAAUUAAUUAUAUACUAAUAAUAAUCUUCGCUAGAUUUUAAUCAUCGUGUGUCUUAUAUGCAUUUUCAAAAUCGCCACACCCUCCCUCUAUUAUCUUGUCCUGGAUCCGCUUCUCAGGGUCAUGCAUAUAUUAUUUAACAGCAUAGUAACACAAUCUGAAAUUCCAUUACAAACAAUGACCCAUCUAUUCUGUAGAUUCUAUUAUAGAAUUGUCUACUGUCGAGAUAUCAAGACCACUCAAAAGUCAUAAAUAAAUUUGUAACUGUUGUCGAUUCUAAACGAUUUUUCGAUCUAAAUAUCCAAAUCAAAAUACGAUUCUGACUACAGUAGUAAUAGUAUUAUAGUCGUAUAUGUUUUCUUUGUAGUCAUAUGCCUACAUUGCAAGGUAGGUAAUUAAGAAAUCAACAAAAAUAGAUCACAGAAGCUUUGGUUUUAUGCGUUUUUAAUUUUUUUAACUUAUAAGUAAAGAUAUAAUUUAUAGAGUAGAAAGAGUUGUAGGUAGCUAUUUACAGUUAGAUGGUUAUUAAACAAUUUUAUAAUAACUUAUUUUGUUUUAACGGUGUAGUUUAAACUAGUCUUCCCCUUUCCAAAACGUCUCCAGCUGAACACUACUUUUUAAAUGUUUAAAAGGGUACAUAUCGUUAUUUGCUAGGUAUUAUAAGUAAUUAUAAAUGCAUUUUAUACUGCGCGCCAUUAAAACAUAACACUUAGAUAUUUUACAAUAUUCAACAAUAGGUUUUAAUAAAUUUUAUAUAAAAAUUGAUUUUUUUUUUCUAAAUAAGUGAAAGAAUUAAUUAUAUAUAUAUAACGUUAUUUCGUCACGUGCGUUAAAAUAUUACCCAUAUUGAUGAUGAACGUAGUUUUCGUGAACAUUGUGUGUCAUUGGCUUGGCACAAACUGUGUGUGUUUUACAUAAAUAUUUUAUACAGACGAAAAAACAGUUUGGUGACAGAAGUUUUGGGGGUCGAUAGGGGGUUCUUUUCAUUCCGGUCUUAACAGUAGGUAAAUAGUGAUGAACGAAAUUUUGACAUAGAUUUACAUUUAGAUACCUGUCUCGAGCAAAUGCUUAUUGAAUGAGCUUGCAACUUGUUUAUUUUAUUUUGUACUUUUUUGUUGCAAAAUAUAUAAAUUAUUAUUAUUAUUAUUAUUUUAUAGAUUUUUGGAAAUUAUUGUUACGUUUUAGGUUAAUUUUUUUUUAUCGCUCUGCCAACGAACCUAUAUUGAAAUCGAAUUGAAAAUCGUAUACCGUCUUUUCGUCUUAUCACACCCAAGGGGGGGGGAUAUUAUUCAAGUGAAGUUUUCCCGAAAUAACAUUUAAAAAAGGGGUUAAUAAAUACAAAAUUAUUAAUAUAAAUAAUAGUCCGUUAUAAUAAUUUGUUUGGGGUGGGUUUUUUUGUACGCAGGCGAAAGCAAGAGGAAGUGAUUAUGUUGGAAGAGAAAAUCCGGCAACGCAGCGAACAGCAAAAAAAGGCAGGCGUAGAGUUGGACGCAACUUGUCAUAUAUGCCUGAAGACUAAAUUCGCCGAUGGUGUUGGACACCUGUGCAACUAUUGCGGUAUCAGAUGUUGUGCCAGGUGCGGCGGCAAGGUUACCCUGCGUUCGAGUAAAGUUAGUAUUUUUGUUUUUUUUUUUAGUCGGUUUCUAUAAAAUAUAAAAUAAAAAAGUAUACAUUUACAUAUUUUUUUAAAAAAUAAUUUCCUUCCGAAAUUCGAUAAGACCAACCGUCGCCUAAAUAAAACGAAUAUGGGUUUAAUGUUUUUAUAUAUUUUUUUUAAUCAUAUAUUUAUGUAAUAAAUAUGUUAUACAAUGUACAUAUAAUAAUUAUAGUAACCGACGGACGAAUAAAAAACUGUGUAGUUAAAACGAACAAUUAGAAAACAAAAGUAACCAUAACCGUUUUAACAGGACGAUUCACACGCAUUUGUCGUUUUACAAACGCAAGGCAUAACGAAUUUGUAUUCAGCAGCAAAAAUGUUGUGUUUUUAGUUUUGGUAUAUUAUAGAAGGAAUUGGAUCUAUAAUAAAACUUAAAGGGUAUGAACAUUAACGAGAUAUAGGUAUUUUUAAAAUGUGAUGUUUCAAAUAUCGCAUAUUCAUACCUCGCUAGAAAAUUCAAAAACCGAGAAAAAAAAAAAACGUAAAACAUUGAUAAUGUUCUUGAAGUUUAAUCGAUUUUAGUUUAAUAAAUUAAGACACUCUAAAUGUCUAAUAUUAAAACUAACAGCCGAAAAUUGGUUUUGCUGAACGAAAAUUUGUUAAAUCGGGCGUUUGUAAGACUGGCACAAAAAAAUAUGUAUGUAUAUUGUGUAUAGUGUCCCUUUUUAGUAGUCUUAAAAGCGCGGUAAUGUGUUUGUAGGCUCAAAAAUACACUUAACAGGAAAAACUUGCUCAUGACUUGUAAAGCAAAUCGAUUCGAUCAUCUUACAGGGCGCAUUGGACUUGGGUUUUUUUGAAUUACACUUAAAAAUAAGAAUAUAACCAAUUUUGUGUUAUUUUUUUAUUUUGUCGGUUUUGGUUACAUAAUCGAAAAUCGAAGUUUAAUGCGCAUUGUUGGAAAUAUUUCUCUUUCCUCAUUCCGAAAAAAAAAACAGAUAGUGUGCAGUCCCUUUAAUGUACAAAUUAAAAUCGAUUGAAUUAUUUAUUUAUAAUUUAACAACCCUAAAAAUUACGAGCAGGACCCUUAAAGUAUUCAAUUUAGAAAUUAAAUAGUACAAUAAACUAAAAUCCUGCAGUAGACACCUCUUACAUUAAGUCCCUUUGAAUUUAAAACGCCGAUUGUAAAUGUUAGCCUGCUACUGGUUACUUGCUGCAGUUCAGUGUAAUUAAGUGUUUAAACACACACUUUUAUAGGUAUGACUAAUUGUGUAACUAAAAAUCGCACGCCUUGUUUGUUUUUUUUUUUUCUAUAUGAUUUUGCGGAUAAUAACUCGUAUCGAAGAAUCUUACCGAUAUUUUGUUCCUUGCUAAAAUAUUAAUUACUGUAAUUAUAUUAUAUAAUAUAGAAUCAAUUGAACUGUAAUUCUCCUUUUCAACAUAGAUUUGACAAAAAAUAAUAUUUUUCUAAACGUAUCAUGCAUAUAACACUAAUAUCGGAUUUUAGUACACCGUUUAUGACGAGUUAUUACAGAUUAAAAUAAUCAGUGUAUAUCAACAAACCAUAUGCUUUACUUUUGAAUAUUGUUUGAAAAAGGGAGGGGUUGCUGUAUUUUGAAAAUCUAUUUUGUAAUGACGGGUUUACGGUGCACGUGAAAAUGGCAAUAAUAUCCCAUGAUAACUACAAAAUAAAACCAAAAUUAAUUUUACUCGACAUUUUCGUUUAGAUGGAUUAUAAAUAUUUUUCUUUUAAAUUACCCUACAGUGUACUCUUUUGUUUUUGAUAUCAUGCACUUGGUUCUCGUUCGUCUAAUAAUAUAAUACUGCAUUUUAUGUAUUAUUAUUAUUCGUACUUGAAUCGAUAUCUGAAGAAAUUGUGUUUGAAAUCGUUUUUUUUUUCACGCGUAGAUAAUAAUGAGGGGGAAAAGUGUUUACCGCACAAAAACGUAUACCUACUGUGGUUAUAUUGAUUUUAAAACGAGGGCAACUAUUUUUAAUACUAUGGACGGAAUAUCGCGUACACAUAGCGCGUACUUACAUAUUAUUUUAGCUAUAUAAUAUAAAACGAAAAAAGGACGCUUAGAAUUUUUUUUAUAUUAUUUUUUAAUACAAAGCGUCUGUCUGUUCAAAAGAUCGGUCACGCCACAGCCGUUUUGAGAUAUUAUUUAUAAUUAAAACAAUUAUUAUUAUUUAUUUAAAAAAAAAAUUUGAUAACGACGUCUUGUUUAACAUAUUUUUCUAAUUAUAAUUUGUCUCGAGAAAAAAAAACAAUCAUUCUCUAAUUUUCAAGAUAAUUAAAAACGCUUGUAGUACCUACCUACAAUAUUAAAUAAUGUAAAAGAACAAACGCCUAUAUUUUUUAAACGCUCUUGUAAUUUGUAUAUUUCAUAGACGUUACCUUCCUCAUGUACUUACCUACUAUCAGUGGUUAAAAUGGGAAAAACUUCGGAGGGGAACAUAUUUAUCAAAAAUUGAGAGGAGUUCCCGAGGCCUUGUUUCCAAGAUUUUAAAAUUUUUUUCUCCCGUACAUAUUUUUUUCAAAAAAAUAGCGUUUAAAAAUAAACUGCACUCCUUUCAAUAAUAUUAUCCUACAUUCGUUCAGCAAAAAUAAAGUAAAAUAGAGUCUGAUUAUGCUUAUAAUCUAAUGUGUAUUUAAUUGGAAUUUAUUAGUAAUAAUACUAAUUCAAGUUUUAAACAUAUCUCAGUGAUAUUAACUGAAGUCCUUAUUUCUUCCUCACUGGACUUCAAUGAUUUAAACUAAAAAGUAGGGAUAAUUUUACUUUAAGUAAGAAGGGGCCUUCGUACCUUUUCGCCCCUCGCCAAUUUAAUCAUUGCCUAUUAUAUAAUACAGUAUACAUACAUUUAUUCAAAUUUCGUAUUUUUACCGCAUGUUAAAUAUGCAUGAUAUUGGAGCAUAACAGUAAUAUAAAUGAAAUUCAUGGUCAACGGUAUAAUAAGUAUACAAUGGAACUAUAUUUUAAAUUGAAAUAUUUAAUUAUUAUUUACUUAUCUAUGUAACCUAACCGCAUACGACAUAGGUAUGUACAUAUUUUAUCGAUACAGGUAUAUAGGUAUGAAUUCAUGUUUUCGUUUAAAGCGGUCCACAUAAAUUAUUACUGAAUAUGUGUACAGUAAAAAAAAUAAAUAAAAAUCCGGACACACUUCGCACAGUGGGUAGGCCAUAGUUGUUGGUUGGAAGUCGGAAAGGUUUACGGUAAUUUAUUAGUUUACGUAGUAUUGAAAACAAAGAUAAAUCACUAUAAACGGAAAACCAUUCUGAGCGGAAUUCGGUGAAUUGGUAAGGAUAUUAUUACCUAUAAAUAUUAAUUGGUAAGGGUAUUAGUCAUGUUUUUUUCAAUUGUAGCCAAGGCGUAACUCAUAAAUAAAGCUGAAUAUCGAUGUUUUGUUAUUUUUUUUUGAAAGUUUUUAAAUUUUUCAUUUGUUCAAAUAAAAUACCACCAGGCAUAAAAUAUGUGUCUUUUAAUGUUGGUAUAAUGUGAAUGAUUUAGAAUGUUUUACUCGCCAAAGUUUUUACAAAGAACAAAUAACAAAAACAAAUGGACAUAUUUCGUAAAAUGGGUGGCACACUAUUGUAGGUGAGAAAUUAGGAAGAUAGAGGGGAAAUUUAAUGUAUAUCUGUACGUAACGAUUAAUCAUUGCUAAUGUUUACGAUAUUUACGAUUUGAUAAUAAUACGUAUCGUAAAUUUUCCCCAUUAUUAUGAAAACCCCUUGAAAAUUUAAAAGUUGCCUCCCUAAAGUACCAUCCCGGUUAAAUUUACUUUCAGAAAAAGUAGUACAUUUGAAAAUCAGAGCAAAACUUCUCGUAGAAAAGUUAUUAACAGAUAAAAAAGUUGAAGAAACCUAUCAUUGUAAAACCAAUACAUUACCUGCUCAGUUCAGAAUCUAAAAGCAACUUUUCGGAAAAGUAUUGGAGAUUUUGUAAAAUUUGUAUGUUAGACAAUUGAUCGUUUUUACUUUCGCUUAAGCCCAAAAAUUAUUAUUUUUGUCUUAAGUUUAAAUUUAAACGUUAGCUCUCAUAUGGAAAUUGAAAUAUCAAUAUUCGGCUUCGAACAUUAUGUUUAUAUGUUUAACAAUAGGUUUUUUUUUUAAAAAUUGUUUCAAAAUAUUGCCAAAAAAAUAUAAAAAUUCGUAUUUUCGAGGUGUGAUAAAGUAAUAAAGUGUUAUCAAUUAUCAUCAAAGUAAAAUGUAUUAUUGACAUAACUUUCUUGUGCAAUUUGAAAUUCACGAAAAAUGCUGAAAAAUUUCAAUCGUGUGAUAUUUCGUGUUUAAACAAUAAUUAGGUAGUUUUAAAAUGAACGUUUUUGGUAAAUCGUCCGUUUAUUGAAUAGCGGUUUGAUUGUUUUAUUCGAUUUCGGGACGAGUGUCGUCUGCAGUUUUUGUUCGCUAUUAUUUUCGAUACCAUAAUAAUAUAUCGGACGUGACGUAUAUGAAAUUAUAUCUGCACGUGAGUAACAAUAGUAAAUUGCGACGCGAACGUCACUAUUCGUUUGUGCAACACGGGAAUAUUAUAUUUUUAGCAUCGCGGUGCUGGGGGGCGGUAGGAGAUGUGUUUAUACCCUCAUUAAAAAAAAAAUAAAAAAAAUAAAUGAUUGUAUAUCUAUAUAAGAAUAUGAUUAUUUCGAUUUAACAAUUAUUUUAUUAUACGACGAUCCAUUAUAAUAUUGCUAUAUAAUAUUUAUUUAUUUAUUUAUUACUAAUAACGCCCCGAGGAGCAACAAUACAGUAGUAUUUUUACAAUAGUUACAAUAUGUAACACAAUCCAAUGCAAAACAACACGAAUAGCAAUAAUGACUACUCGUACAAUAGUUCAUUAAGUUAGAGAUUUAAUUUUGGUAAAAAGUGAAGAUGAACUACGAAAGUUUUAAUAGUAAUUUUGUGUACGAUUACAGGGAUACAAUACUUGGUUGAACGGUGCGAUUGAGGUUGUAAUUUUUGGUGAUGGUAAUCAGUAUUUAAUGUGGGUUGAUUUCUAAAAGAGCGGGGAGGAAAUUUAUUAUUUUAAUAGUAUAGGUAUGUAAUUAUACCGACAGUCUGCGAGAGUGUGCCCUAAUCGGGGACAUUAUUAUUUCUUUUUCUAAACACGGGGCAAUAUAACAUUGAUAUCGAUGGUAUUGUGUGCGUGCGCACGUGUGUUUGUGAUAGACGUCCGAUCACACGGCUUACAUACAAGUUUAUACGUAUAUAUAGAAUCAGUUACCCUUUGACCUAGUUAUUUGCACCGUAUUCAAAAUCUGACAACAUAAUACUCUAGUAUAAUAUGAACGCUUUAUACAUGUAAAUCAUUGUGAAAGAUGGGAAAUGUACUAUACCUAGAUAUAUGUUUCAGAUAUAAUCUUCGGCGUCUCGUUUCCUUCCUGUUAAACGAGCUCUUGCUGUAUACGUCUAUAUGUAACAUAUGAUGGUAUCCAGGGGCUGUCAAACAGUGGCUUGCUCAGUUUUUUCUUAUGAGGGGUGGGGUGAACUGUAUUUCGUUUUGUUGAUAGUCAUAUACACAAAUUUACAAAAUGUACUUAUUGGUAUACACAUUGAUAUUUUUGAAGUAGAUAGUUAGGUACAAAUUACAAAGUUAAUAUAUGAUUAUAUAUUAUAUACAUAGCUAUUUUUUUUUUUUUUGGCAAUAUUUUAAAACUUUUUAUUUUUUUCAUUUAAAGGAAACCUAAAUGUUAUAUGGAUACUAUUAUCCAUAUAUUUUUACGUGUCAUAAUAGUAAAAGACAAAAUUUAUGUACACGAGGUAGUAACAACUGAUUUUUUUUUAUCUGAAAUAUUAGCAUCCGAUCAAUCUAUGGUUUACAAAUAAGCUUAUAUCGGUUAUAUGUCCUAGGAUAAUGGGGUCGGAUACAGGUAUGCAGCUACUGUUAAAGGUAAUUUAAUGUAUACCUGUAAGCAACGAUAAACCAUUGCUAACGAAAAGACGAUUCUGAGCAGAGUUCAGUCUACAGUGAUGCUUUGGCAACAAUAUAUAUGUUAUAUUAUGGUAAAAUAAUUAAAUAGAUCUUAUAUAUUUUAUUCAAUAAUAUUUGUUUAAUGUACCGAUUUUCACGUUUUUCCUCGGUUUUUUUUGGUUUUUCACAUUUGAUGACGCCUGGGAAAAUCAUGAAAAAAAUGAUCUCCUUUAAGUACCUUCCCAGUGGGAUUUUUUUCCAAAAAAAGUGCUAUCAUUGUCAAUUACAGCUAAAAUUCCUUGAAGAAAAGUUGUCCAUAGGAAAAAAAAAAUAAACAUCUUUGUAAAACCAUAAGUUUCUUUGUUUUACUCAGAAUCUAAAAUAUGAAACUAUUAAAAAUAUUUAAGCCAUUAGGCAUGUGUAUUAAUAUAAAAGUUUUAUUAUAGCACUGCUUUCUUAGCAGUUUUUCUGCUUAACUAUAAAAACUAUUGAUAAUAUAUUAAUAUGCCGAUGGUCGUGUUUAUAACCUAGAUAUUGGAAUAUAAUGGACUGAAAUAUUAUAAUAGUCAUUGGUAUCUUUUUUUUUUUUAAUAAUAUUUAUGCAACAUCUAUAGAUAAUUACUAUAGUAUCUACUAAGUAUAUUUUAUAUGUAUGAUAAUAAUUAACAUGACUAAAAAUUAAUUAAUUAAUUAACGAUUUUCGUUAAACUCUUACACAAAAAAAUUAAUACAUUAUCCUCAUUUUUUUUUUUUUUUGACCACUAAGUAGGAUUUAUAAUGCACUUCCUAUAAAAUGUUCAAGCAAUUUUGUUUGUUUUUACUAUUAGUUUCUAUAGAGUAUUUACCAAGCAAAAAACUGGCAAAAUUAAAAUGUCUAUAAAUUACUCAAAAAUGUGUAAAUCGGGCAACUGAUUUUUAGCCAACCUGUACUACAUAUUAUACGAGAUUUUAUUCGCUUUGGUUAAUUCCAUUUGAACGUUCCCAAAUUGUCUAGAAAUUAAUUUGGUCACCAUCAGUAUACAUUUCUUCUUAAAAAGCAUACCGGUAAAAAAUAAAGAAUUUUGUGUGCGAUUUCGACUCAAAAUGAAUGUAAUACCUACUGGUAUUGAUUUUUUGAUCCACCUCAUGACAUGGGUCAAUUUAUUGCCAUCAUUAUAAUCCCCUUUUUUUCUAUUAUCUUCGUCUCUUCAAAACAUAACCUAUUAUCAAAUACUCUACUGUUUGCUAUUAUUUACGAUACGAUUCAAAUUUUAUUUUUGAUUUGAUUGUUAAGUUUUGGUUUCACGAUCUCUUCUUUUUAUUCCUAGUUUAAUUUUUGAAUAGAAAAAACAUUUUAUAAACUUAUCAAUUUAUAUUAAAUAAUAUAUACCUAAUAUUAAUAUAUAUAUCAAUACCUACGAUUCUAUUGUAAAUAACUAUAUCACUAAAAUGUAUAGUUAGUAGAUUUAACUAAUUAAAAAAGGAUAACACUACAGUAACUGUUAUGUGACAAUAUGGAUUAUGGAGUGGAUAUUUAGGUUUUGUACCAAGUCAAAGAAAUUGCUUGAUAUACUGGAGUAAAAAAUUUCGGUUUAUCGGUAUAAUUAUUCGCAUAUACUGGUACAAUCAAACGAAUUUCUAGUGUAUAGUUCUCGUAUUAUGGAAUGUAAACGAAAAAUAAAGAGUCCCGUACAUACGUUGCACAGUGGGUAGGCUACUGCUGUAAACGGGAAAUCAAGAAAGUAAGAUUUAAUUUAAAGAAAGAAUGUUAAAAUUAAAACGAAUACGAAGAAAAAUUUAAAAACCGUGAAGUUCGUUUAACUUGUUUAACUAUAAUUACAAUUUUUUUUCCCCGCGUGGAACCUAGAAAUCAUAAUUUCGGACAAAAUGUUCAGAAUCUAGAAACAAACGACGUAGACACUAUUAUUUAUAGCUAGUGGAAAAUCAGCAUCUUUCAAGAUAUCAGGUGUGGUGUGAAAAUUUCGAAGAAUUUUAUUUUAACCGAAAAAGUAGUAACGGCGUUGAGGGAAUCUUGUCAUAAAUGCUUCAAUAGAGUGCUGUUGGUGAAUUACGUUUUUGCUGUUACUCGAUCCAAUAAACAAUAUGAUGAGUAGGUUUGCUAAAUAAUUUUGAUCAAAUAUUUUAUUCAAUUAAUGAAUUAGUGAAAAUUCGUCAGUAUACAUAUAUUUGUUGCUCUUUAUAAAUUCGAUCAGAAAAAUGUAUAAGACUAAUUCACUUGGUACGUAUCUAAAACUUACGUAGUACGCAUUGCGGCAGUAGCAAUAUUGUAACUGUAUGGACUGCGGACCGAGAGAGACGAGAUGAGUUCGAUUACAUGACGUGUAACUAACAAAAACCUGUAUUUAUGUAACGAGUUUUUUCGAGUACUUUCCUGUAACCGUACUUGUUUGGAAUGGAAAAAGUUCACAAAAAUAAUAGAUAAUCCCAUCACUACACUACUGGGUGCCCAAUAGACUGUAGGUAAUUGUGUAUCCAUUUAGACGCAGAAAACUUUUAUAAACAAAAAUGUCCUGUCUUAUACAGAUAUACCUAAUUAAAUUGACACGUUUUCCGCUGAAUAAUCGUUAUUCAAGUCUCGUUCGUUCGGGUUUGUGUCGUAUUAUGUUAUUAGGUUGUAAAAAAAAAAAAGUGUAAACAAAAACAUUACCUAUUUUAUUAUACGCGAUAGUAAUAAUAAUAAUAGGCACGUGUAAAUUGAUGUUUGUUUUAGAACGCCUGUACUGCACCGGCCAUCGCCGGGGUCGGUGCAGAUCGGAGUGACGGUGGCGUAGAAAUGACGAGAGGUGCGGUGUGGCGCGGUGCGUGUGUUAUAAUAUCAUGAGCGUUUUCGCCGCUCGAAUUCCAUACUUAAAUACAAUAUACAGUGAAACCUCCACUGACGGACAACUCCUAAUAGCGGAUACUAUUUUAAUCUCAAUUUAGAAAUAGUGACAAAAUGUCAGUACUAAAACGCAUUUGCAUUAGUAUGCACUUAUAAUUUUAGAUCAUGUACUACGAAUAGAGUUAUUGAUUAAAUAUUUGAACCAAACAAACUAAGGAGUGUUGGGACAAAUGCGCAUGCGCAAAAUUUAUGUCACGCGCAUUUGGUCGAAUUCACAUAUUCAUGUAUGACGUAUUUAUCAUCACUGUCUGGUAGUAUUAUAAUGAUUAUACGAUAAAUAUGCGAUGAGUUCAGAUACGCAUGCGCAAUAGACAUUAGUCCCCUUAGCACUCGUCCAUAAUGAUGUCUUCAACUCGUAGUACGCGUUUAUCAUGCAGUAGUUCUAUCCAUAGUAUAUGAUUUAAGCUCGUAAUAAUGGAUUAACAAUAACGAAUUCGAAAAGAUUACACGAAUAGUGGACACCUAUUACAGUGGAUUAUCAUUAAAAAUAAUGACGAAACGGCGACAGCAUUAGGUUUAACGGUAAUUAACUCGUUCGACAAAUUCAUCGUACGAUAUGAUAAGAACACGACGACUAACGACGAUAAUAACAUUAUAAUUUAGUUUGAAAUAGCAAAAAUGUUUUCAUUUUACACAUUAUCCUUUAUGAAUUUCAAAAAUAUAUCCCUCUAAAUAACGGACAUCUCUGGAUAGCGGACAAAACUUCGGCGACCGAGGGCGCCCGCUGUUCAAAGGUUCACGGUAUAUAUAUAUUUUUUAUGUAAUAUACAUAUAUAUAUAUAUAUAUAUAUAUAUAAUAUGGGUGUGUGUGUGUGUGUGUGUGUGCGAGCGCGCGCGUUUUUUUAUCCUGGCGUCCAUACGUACACAUACGUAAUGUAUAUACACAAAGGAGUAGGAAAAAAGACGAGAAAGAUGGGAAAAAGGACGAAUGAAAAAGAAAAAAGUGUGCGCGUCGUUUUCUAUUAAUUUAAAGUUUUCUGAUAUCGCCGCCAAGUAUUGCUUUAAUAUAUAAAAACAUAGCCGCCGGCGACGACGGUCCCGGCGAAUAGCGCGGCCCGAGUAUACACAUAGAUAUAAUAUAUAGUGUAUGUAUAAUAAUAAUAUGUAAGUACGAUAUCGGAUAUAAUAUACGUGGAAGGUUCGCGUAGGGUGCAUUCAACUCAAAAUCAUCCGCCCCUUUUUGGGUGGGAGUAAUGACGUCACGGAUUCCGAGACAUGACGUAUGUUUUAUUGAUCGUGUGCGGCGGCGGCGGCAGCGACGGCGGUGGACUGAGCGCACGCCGAGGCGCCGACGACUACGACGACGCCGUUAGUUUACUAACUUUGUACAGAUAUUUGUUUUUCAAUUUUCCAGACGACGNUUUUUUUUUUUUUUUUUUUUUUUUUUUUACAAUAGUGCGAUUAUUAUUAUUAUUUUGUUUUUUUCCAAAUGUUUCCCCGGGCACCUAUAGCUCGCUGGUAUAUAACGGCACGUCAGACGCUCGCGCGAGCAUCCGUGACGGUCUCGGAAUUUCGGGCAAAUGUGGGACGGAAAAUAUAAUAUAAUAUAAUAUAGGAGAAGAUGCCGGUACAUUAUAACAAGCGACAAGGGCGAGACCCACCACAAAAGAAUAUGGGUUUAAUCUUAAUACCAGGUAUCAUAAUAAUGGUUGUAAAAUUUCAUAAAAUCUCAUACCUAUAUUGUUAUGAUUUAUAUUAUGAGAUCAUAAUACGAAAUGAGAAACGAAAAUAACUCAAAUAUCGAUAAUAAUAUAUUAAAUUAGACUAUUUGACAGUUUUCACGUACACAAUUUUUUGUUCAACAAAACAGAUUUUCCACCGUUGCUUUCACUGGCUAAUUUUAAAGUUCCCCAUACAGUUUUCCACUCAUUCCUAAAUCUAUUUUUGUAACCCUAUUAGCACAAUCAGUUUGAUGAAAAAUGAGUCUACUAGAUGUUUGUUAACAAGGAUUGUUGAUAAUUGCCAAUAAGGACAGAGGAUAAAAGAAGGGCCUUUUAGUUUGACUGAAUAUUAAUAGUUAUUUUCUUCUUUUCCGUCGCUCUCUAUUUGGUGUUGACCACCCUCGUAUUCAACAUCCAGUUGACCCGAUUCCCCAUAUCGUACUCAUUGCCCGAACGUAUUAUCGAAUUACCUAAAAAAUGCAUAGUUUAAGUAAUGUAUAAUCUACUAUUUAUAAGCAAAUGUAAUUUGCUGUUUAAAGGGUCAUGCCAGCAUAUAUAUAUAUAUUAAUAAAUAAAUGAUGAAGUACCGAUAUACUAUUGUAUAGAUAUAAUCAGUGUUAAUUACCGGUGAUAACGAAAUCGGGUAAAAAACACAGCCUUCCCCCUCCCUCCUUUCAUUCACAUUAAAAAAUAAUUAUGUUUUCGCCCGAAAACCAAUAAAAUAAUUGAGAAAUGUCCAAAAAAAAAUUCUGUAAUAGGCAUCAGUAUAUCGAUGAUUAUGCGAUGCUCUAAAACGAAUCGUCGUGCGUCGUGCUGGACCAUCUUUGGGAAUAUGCACAAUGUGCAUUUCACAUCCGUUUGUGCAAUCCACAUUUUCCCGUCUAUUUCGCGAUAUUUCAUACAUACAAUGUGUGAUAACAAUAAGAUGAUAACAAUGUAGGUGUGCCAGUGUUGCGCAAAACCUACACGUACACACCACCCGGUAUACGGUACACGCGGUCGAUCGAGAGACUACGGCGGCGGUGGUGGCAGCGGCGGAACAAUAACGACGACGUGUUUGUUCGACGCUAAUAUUUUUGAUCGCAUGAAUAAAGGGCGAUUCACACUGGUACAGCGAGCUUUUAGUAUUCAUCGUUUUCGAGACAAGAACUGCGGUUAAAUUUUGACAGAAUAUUAACAUUUGAUUGAUAAUAUAAAACGCAAUACAGCGUCAUCCAUUUGUCCACGAAAAACUGAAUCUAAUUCGAAUUUUAUUUUAGAGAUAACCGUAGGCGUGUACAGAUCUCCGUGAAAUCAGGGGCAGAUAAGCAGAUUGUGAAUUUUCAGUAUGAAACUCUCUUAUCGCGAUAUGAUAUUAUUACCACCUAUCAAUUUUGCAUUCUUCGAAAUGAUUUUAUCCCGGUGUUAAAAGUUAAAAUCGUAACCUUAUGCUGAUUAUUAUUACCAUUUAUUAACACACAAGACUAAUAAAUUUCUAAUUUUUGAUUUUUAUAUAGGUAUUAUGUAUAUGGUAUAACACAACAAAAAAAUAAAAAAUACAACCAAUUAAAAAAUUGUUGGCUGUGAGUAGUCGUUCGUAGAAAACCCAAAGUAUUUUUCAAUUUACUUGUAAGUUACUUUUCUCUAAAAAUCUGGGGAGGCAGCUGCCAACCCUAACUCUUUCGUAGAUAACAACGAGACGAUUAGACAAAUUGAUAGCCGACUCUAUGAGUAAAUGAAAAGUCUGACAACCAUAUGCUAAGUAGGCAAAUUUGAUUGAUUAGCCCAUGUUUGUUUGUGCCAUGAAUUUUUUGAUAAACAAAUGCGCUAAUAUGAAAACUAUUUGACAUUGAUCUCAAACAGUCUUAUCUAUAUUAUCCCAUAAUUUAUAGCACAAACAAAUAUAUUUCAUGAGUUAAUCAAUAAAAUUAGUCUUAUUACGAGUAAUACAUAGGGUGCCAGCAGGAAAUUUAUCGGGGAGAGGCAUAAUAUAACUAAACAUCAAAAGUACUUAAAAUAAAAUUAUUAAAAUUAUAUUUGAAAUAUUAAAGUCCAGAGAGGGGGGGGGGCGGUGAAAAAUUGCUCGUCCUUCCCCCCCCCCCUUCCGGGCGAUCAUGAUAACCGCUAAACUUCAUAAUCAGUAUAUGGGACUGUUAUAAUAAAUUCGGCUAUCCAUAGUUAUUUUAAACGUCUUUCUUUAUAGUUUACGAUUUUCAUAACCAUUUCACUAGUCCAGUGAUCCCAGUUCAUCCCCCACUACAAUCCUAUAUUAUCCCUUCAUUUAUAUUGUGAUACAACAUUUUGAAUUUGAUAAAAGCAAACAGUGUGGGGUACCAUCGAUCACAAGGGUUUGAAGUACUUUAUUUAUACGUAUAUUUAUUAAAUAAAACGUGAAUACAUUGAUUCGAAAGUGUUAAAGUUUAUGUUUCAUAACUACUAGUUACGAGAUAUUCCAUCAUCAGCUUACGCAUUUAUGUAACAUUGAUAAAUGAAUUACAAUAUAAUUAUAAGAAAAUAGCAAAAUAUGAAGAAUGUGUAUUGAAGUGUAAAGUUGAAUAAUAAGUAACGAAACAAAUAAUUUGCUAAAGUUAAAACUAAUAUGUGUUUUCACAGGCAUUAUUAUAGUUUUCCUCGUGUAAAAAAGAUUAUAAAUUAUCAUUUUUAUAAUCUGUUUGUAGGUCGGGUUAGGCUACAUUAGGUUUUUCCAUAUUUUUGACGUGAAACUUUGUUAGUGGCUCACAUUGUGUACCAAUUAUCUCGAUAAACCGUGGAUUUAACAUACAAAUCUUUCUAUUAUUAUAGUAAAUAAAUAAAUGAACAAAACGCAUGGCCUGGAGUAAUAUGAUAACUGAUAAGUGUAUUGUACGACCGGUUUAGAAUUAAAAAUUUAUCAUCAGGUAUAUCACAGUGAAAAUGUAAAACGCGACUCGCGAACACGGACGAGUCGAUAUCGUUUUCGUUAUCUAUAUCAUAAUUUGUUAGUCGAGAACCCGACUCGAAACGCUAAAACCUCUCGCUAGCAUAAACCCCUCUUCUCCGUUAACCUAUAUAAUGUUAUGGGGUGGCUCGUGUGCGCGUGCUCGUGCAAUAUCGUAUACACUGCGUAUAGGUAUACCCACCUUUAUAACGGAAAUAUAAUAUUUUUUAAAUCAACGAUUUGAUUGUGUGUGCCCUCUGUCGCUAUUAUAUUACAGUGUGUACUGCCUGCACGCCUGGAUUGUGUGCUUAGAGACUAUUAGAAUCGCGUUUAUUCCGGUGAAAACUAGGCGCGUGCGUUUAACGAUUAGCACUCGGAGCGAGACGGCAUAAAAUUCGCGUUCGUAAAAUUGUUACGACCUAAUAACCUCUUUGGUCCCGUGUUUUACGGUGUUUUUUCUCUCGAUACAUAUGUAUGUACAUUAUUUACUUCCUAUAUACACGUACGUUAUAUACGGAGCAUAUGUAUAUUACUGUAACGCGAUUUUAAAGCAUCGAACGUUUUUUUUUUUUUUUCGAACGUGUCUCGCGACAAAUCCGAGCCACGUUUUUUACCUACGUACACUGGUUUUACUUAAAAAAUUACACAUUUCCCUACCCGCUUUUAUGCACAGAUUACAAUGCUUUUCGAUCAGAAUAUUUGCGUUGAUUGUCGAUUUCUCAUGCGGUUUUUGCGCCGUUAGAGGUAGACAAUUUUAUAUUUAUUUUGUUGUUGUCGCAUUGAAAAGAUCCAUUUUCUCUUUUUUUUUUUUAAUAACUAAAAGAAACGGCAAUAUUCACGCAAAUACAGUUUUUCAAAUUCCGAGUGAAACGAGUAAUAUAUUAUUAGUUUUACUAUGAUAUUUAUUUUUUAAUUUUUUUUUUUACUGUCCUUAAACAACUUUUCUCCUAGAAAUCUUGCUUUAAUGAAACAUGAUAAGAGACCUAUUUUGUUGCAUUUUGGCUCUAGUUAGUACUUCAGAAAGGUAAUUUUUUGAAAUUCUCAUUAAUGUUCGAGGUAAUGAGGAAAAACUGGUUCUUUAGGUUUAAAAAGUUUAAAAGAUUUAAAAUAAGAUUGUCAUUGGCAACCGUUUUUAUUUAUUGUUUGUUAUUAUUUUAAUCUUUUAAUUUUUUUUAAACAAUUGUUAUUGUUAUUGUUAUAAUGCAUAUUGAUGAAAAAGCAAUACUAUUGACCGAGCUUCCGCUGAUUUUUCGUUAGCAAUAAAUAAUCGUUGUCUAAAGAAAUAUAUUAAAUUUGGCUGUAGGUGAAUUGGGAGCACAUGAGUUGUGUCCCGUAAAAAAGGUGUACACGAAUUGCGUCCUCGAUUUUUAGGGAUGCAAUUCGUGUAUUUUAAUCAGGGGUUAUUAAAUAAAUACUAAACCAUCUGUAAUUGUUAAUGUAUUUUUAACACUGAUAUUAGUUUUUACUUUUAAAUGUUGGUGCAUUAAUUUAGCUGGUCUUAUAUGUAACUCUUGUUUAGCUUUACACGUUUGCACGGUACAUUUCCAACGUUGAAUAUUAUUAGCCGAAAAUUUAUGAAAACAGAACUUAUAACUGUCAAAUAUUUUCAAAUUCUUCUGUUUUUCACUUAGAAUAUUUUUCCCAUUCAGUAUAAACAUGAACAGCUAAUCACGUUGGUAUACGAAAGACUGAGUAAGAACGAAAGUUGAACAGCAGAAAAAGAUAUAUUAAACUCAACAAUAAUUAUUAACAGAAGAUACUGUACCUAACCAAGUAUUUUAUAUCAGUUUGGUAAACCCAGAAUAUUACGAAAUUAAAUAUAAAUAUAAUACAAAGCUUUACCGAUAAAGUAUAGAUACUAGAUAGAAUUAUGGAAAACUAAGUGAGAAUUUAAUCAAGGUUUUUAUUAAGUUUUAAGAUUAUAAGUUUAUAUUAACAUAUUUUGAAAUUUGUUAUCACAUAUAAAUUUCAGCCUUACUCAUAACCCAGUCCAUAUAUUAUAGUUUACUAAGUCUUUCUCUAAAAAAAAUUUCUAAUUUCAUCUCGGAUGGCUCUUUGUAAAAAUACAAUUAUGUAGUCGUGUUAAUUUAAUUAAAAGCAUAAUAAAUUAUUAUAAAAUGACUUUAUGUCGUAAAGGUAUAUAGGAAUACAUGAGUCAAAUAUGUGAAGGACGUCUCACUGAUAAUUUUUAAUUUGUUAAAAAAAUGUUCACGUGAAACGGAUACAAUUUUUACCGAACUAUUUAAACGAUUUUAAAGACAAAAUACUUUCCAUGAAAAAUACAAAGGAUAACAUUUCCGAAGUUUAACUUUCUAUACGAUUUUCGACUGGAAAAAACUAAUUAUACUUGUAUUGAAAUAAAAAAUAAAAACAAUUUUUUGAAUUCGGCUAAUUUUCAUUUUUAUCAUGGGUGUUUAUCUUUAAAAUUAACUCACAAAGAUAUCUAAUGAUAAAGUAGAUACUUUAUCAUUAUUUUACUUGAAUGCGUUUUUUGUAUUUAAAAAUUGUAUGCGAUUGCACAAAAUAAAGUGCCAUAACGACAUAUUAUUAUUAUAUUAAAUACGGGAUUACUCAGUAUAUUUAUUUGAAUAUGAAUAUUCGAAUGUUGUUCGAAUCGAUAAAUUAUGAUUUUUCCAACUAAAUGUUAAAAUCAGCGGUGUCUUUACAUGAUGAGGUGUUUAUCUGGGGCACGUACAAAACGCACACGGUUAUGAGCAUGAUUAGCGGCCGGAAGUCAAAAUAAAACUGCAUCGGUGUGGCACAUAAAAUAUAAUGUUAUACUCAUAGUGAUAUUAUUUACUGCAACGCUCUGUAUAAAUAUUUUUAUUCCGACAACGUGUCUCCGACCACAAAGUAUUCGAAUUUUUUUCAAAUAUUCAAUACAAAUAUGGGUAUCUGCUUCCUAUACCUUCCAACGUAACCCCGUUUAAGGGAAAGUGGUAUGCCGUUAGUACGGGCGACAUAUGAGGUUUUAGACCAACAAGCUGGAGUAAAAUUUACCUACUACAGUUCGUCCAAUUUUAAUUUUGAACACUGAUUCAGGUUCGUGGAUAGAAAUUCCCGGGGAAAAGGAUGGUGUUAUUAUAAAAUGGCAAAUAUUUUUCACUAUCGCUAUUUAUUAGUUAAACACCUAAGAGGACGUGAUACCCACACGUGUUGUCUCCGUUUUACAAACAUCAUAGCAAAUUUACGUUCAGCAGGGAUAACUUUUCGCUGUUAAUUUUAAUAUUAAAAUGAGUCAACGUAUUAUGCAACUUAAAGCUAAGAACAUUAUCUGUUCAACGUACAGAUCGUUUUGCGAUAUUUUAAUUUUAAAGCGACAUAUAAAUAUUAUUAAGUUGUGAUAUUUCAAACACUCAUACCUCGCUUAAAAAAUAACUCAAAAUAAUCAAUCUUAAACCAAUUUAUUAUUUACGCAUACUUGUCAUAAAUAAAUACGGUCAAGAGAAGUGGAUGUUGCUACACCUACAACGCCUCUCCUCGCUAUGCCACUGCUUCAUUCGUUUUUUUAUUUAGUUAAUUUAAUUAAGUUCAUGGUUGGUUUACUUUUAUUCCGAAAAUAAACUUGUACUAAUAUAUCACAAAAAUAAAACAAAAAUAUUUUUCUGAAAAACACAGAGAACAAGUAUAUGAAGUCAAAUCGUUAUUCAAAAUAAAAAUUGGAAUGCUAGAAGUAUGUUUAUUCUACUUUAACUUAUUGGUCUAAAUGUAUGAAAAAACGAAUGGCUUUAAACCGCCUUAACCCGAUUUCCAUACUUGGCCCCACGCAGCGUUUAAAUCGAUAUUUUACCGACAACGACGUCAUCUAUUGCGCGUUUAUUUUUUUAACACGCCACAGCGCUUUAGAAUUUCUGCGCAUUCAAAAGAUUAUCAAAUAAACUUAUUAUAGCUAUACCUACCAAUAAUGUACAACCACUAUGUGGAACCUUAUAAAUUUGUAAUAUGCUUAUUUAUAAAUUAAUAUUCGUUAUUUUACAUAGGUUUUAAAUAUGUUUUAUAUGGAGAAAAAUUAAAUAUUUGUUAAUUCUAAUCUUGGAAGUGGUUAGUAAAAACAGAUACAGCUAGUAACAAAUAAAAAAUAGCUGAUACUGUUGAUGGGUGUGCCACUAUUGUAGGUGGGAAGUUUAGAAGUAGAAUAUAUAGAGUUAUUUAAUUUAUAUCUGUACACAGCGAUAAACCAUUGCUAACGAAAUACGAUUCUGAGCGACAUUCGGUUAAACAUGUUUUUAAAUACUAUGAUUUUCACGAUUUUUGUCAAAAUUUGAACAAUAACAAGGCACAAAAAUUACUACAAAACGCUCAACUUUCUUUUUUUACCAUUAGAUAGAACUUAUGAUGACCCUCGUGUUAAAUAUUUAAAAAUUUUGGAUAGACCAUAAAAUUAUGUUUAUAUUAGUCAAAAAAUAGUAGGUACCUAUGUAAAAUUACGUGUUUCUAAACGGAGCGAGGAAUGUAUCGGUUUUACAAUGAUGUUUAUUUUAGAUUCUGAGUAAAACAAAAAAGCUUAUAGUUUUACAAAAAUGUUUUUUUUUUCUGUGGACAACUUUUCUACCAACAAUUUUGCUCCAAUUAUUAAUAUUAGCCAUGUUUCUAAAAGGAAAUUUUACUAGAGAGGUACUUUAAAGAGGUAAUUUUUCGAUUUGCUCAAGACUUUUCCUAGAAAACCGGAAAAAUCAGUAUAACAUUAAACAAAUAUUAUUAAAGAAAUAUAUAAAGCCUUUUUAACUAUAAUAUGACAUAUAUAUUCUUGACAUAGCUUUAUUAUCAACUGAACUCCGCUCAGAAUCGUUUUUUCGUAAAAAAUGGUUUAUCAUUAAAAUAUAACAUUAAAUUACCUAUAGCAGCGGCUGCACUCGUCCCCAUUUUCCUAGGACGUCAUUUUUAAAAUGUAUUUAUCAAUGAACAAAUUUUCUCCCAGACAUUUUUAAGUGUAGACAUUUUUCUGAAAGUAAAAGUGACUGAGGUGGUACUUUAGGGAGGUAAUUUUUUGAUUUUCUCAAGAUUUUUCAUAAUAAAUAGGAAAAACCAGAAAAAAAUAUAAAAAAAACAGGAAAAUUUACGGAAUUUAUUAUUUUCAAACCGUAUUAUUAUAGUAUUUACAUACUACGACCUUUUAAAACAUGUAUAACCAAACUUCGCUCAAAAUCGUUAUUCGUUAGCAAAGAUGAAUCGUUGUGUACAUACUAUCCAACUUCUCACCUAUAACAGUGGCCCACCCAUUAUGCGAUGUAUGUCUGUAUUUUUUUUAUAUGACUUCCACUACAAAUUACAAAUUUUACUUUCAAAGUGUUUUUAAAGGGUUAUUUUGCUAACAAAAACGAUUUUGAGCAGAGUUUGGUUAUACAUGUUUUAAAAGGUCGUAAUAUUUACGAUUUGAAAAUAAAUCAUUUCAUACAUUUUCGCGUUUUUCCUACGUUUUAUCUCGGGUUUUUAUUGUGAAAAAUCUUGAGAAAAUCAAAAAAUGACCUUCCUUAAGUACCACCUUAGUUAUAUUUCCUUUCAGAAAAAUUGCUACACUUGAAAAUUGGAACAAAAUUUCUAGUAGAACUAAACAGAAAUGUGAAAAAAAUAUAAACAUCAUUGUAAAACCAAAACCAAAUCUUUACGCCACACAGAAUCUAAAAUUACUCCGUAUAAGUCGGAUAACUCUGAUAUUUCCAAAUACGUUUCAAUCAUCACAUUACAAUUAUACACAAUAUUAUGCGCCUAAAUCGAGGCGUCCCUUCUGGUUUUCUGAAAUUUAUGUCUGAUAUUUUUUUAAUGGUUUUGAUAUUAACGUCAGCUCGUAUUAUUUUAUUUUUUGUGGCAGGUGAUAUGGGUGUGCAUUUUGUGUCGGAAAAAACAAGAGCUCCUUAGCAAGUCUGGGGAAUGGAUUAACCAUGGUAUGGCCAUUGGGAGUAGUGGAGACUCGUCCCGGCGGUCUGAAGUGUCGUCCCCGUGCAUGAUGGUGAUGUCAGAUAAAAGACCUAAGCUUGAGAGAGCGCACAGCGCGGCAGAGAAGGAGAAUGUGCUUCAGCGGUCCAACAGUCUCCUCCGACGCCAAUACUCCCAACAGGAGCCGUCCAGCCGGAAAGAUCAGGAGCACGGAGUUCCAGGGUCCCACGACGAAUAUUAUCGCACGGUACGUAAAAUAUGUCCGACUAAGUGUAAAACUACAGGGGGUAUUUAAUCGAGAUUUUUUUUUAUAUAAUGUUCAGUCAAAUGAUAAAAUAGAUAAAAUCGAAUGGCAUAGCGUACAAUAAUAUAUGUUAUUAUACACAAAUUGAAGAUAAUAGUUUAUAGUUAAUUGGCUAAACAGAUUUAAAUAGAAAAAAAAUUACUUUGCUGUGCACCUGGCACAAUAUAUAUCCUAUAAUAUCCGUAAUAUCUCCCCGAGAUAAGGCCAUUAGCUCUUGACUUGCGAUUGUCAUAAGACGGCGCUUGUUGCUAUUUGCGGCAUUCGAUUACGCAAAUAUGAUGUGCGUUUUAUUAUAAUUAGAACUGUAAAAUUAAAUCAAUAAAAACCCAUUAAACAAGUAUGUGAAAUAUCCUCUGAAACAGCACCUCGACCAAACACCAAAAAUUAAUAAAAUAAAAAUAAAAAUCACUAGAAUGUAGUCAAAUUCAAUAAUUUACGUUGUAUUUUUCAUAUUAAAAGUUAAUUAAAAAUACAGCUGACACUGGAAAUUGGUUUUCCACUGUUGAAAGCGGAAAGUAGGAUACAUACAGUUUUAAUUGUUUUAACAGUUUUAAUUUACAUUUUAAUUGUAUCUGUACGAUAAGUAAUAAUGAUAACAAAAGGGGUUUCGAGCGAAUUUCUGUAACUGAUACAUGUUUUAAAUACUAUAAUUUCUACUAUUUUCGUCAACAUUUGUUCUUAAAAUUUUAUUAAAAAUACUAAUACAUUAAGCUCAACUUUAAUUUUUUUUACCACCAAGUAAAUCUAUAAUGAACCCAGUGUUUAAUCGUAUCUACAUAAUACCUAUCAAAUAAAUACUACAAAGCUAGAAAAGAUAAAAUGUUUUUAAAUAGCUCAAAAAUUGGCAAAAUAUUACCACAUUUUGUAAAGACUAACAUAAGUAUUCUGUGGAAAUUGUCGGUUUCUACAGAUAAUUUUGAAUUGAAUUACAAUAUAAGAACAAAACCAAAAAUAAUAAAACCAUCAAGGCCGUACAUUUUCCCUUUUUUCCGGAUUUUGUUAUUAUUAAGAAAACUACACUGAAAAUAAUUUUGAAUAUUUGUAUACAAAUUAUUAUGUAUUUUACGGGCUUUCAAAUUAAUGAAAUAUUAUUACACGAGUAAAAAUAAUUUAUGUUUUAUAAAAAAUUAUGUUUGAUAUUUUUUUAUAAUUCCAAGAAAUUGAACAAUUAUUAUUUUUACUAACAUUUGGCACGAACCUCUCCGAACCCUGUCAAACAAUUCGAACCGUAAAUUCGAUCUAUAUUUUAUUCGUGUUCGGAACGGUUUGAAUUGAAUUACAACAAAAGAAAAAACCGAAAAUAAUGAAACUAUUAAGGUUGUAAAUUUUCCUUUUUUUCAUACGUUUUUUUCCGGAUUUUCUUGUUAUUAAGAAAACUACACUGAAAAUAAUUUUGAAUAUUAUUGUAUACUAAUUAUUAUGUAUUUUACGAGUGUGAAAAUUAAUGAAAUAUUAUUGUACGAAUAAAAAUACUUGUCUAGUUAAGUCGUGUUUUUAAGUAGUUUUAAUUGUUAAGGUUUUAUUUUUUUUUUUUUUUAAUGACGUAAUCAAGUAAAAACGAUAAUUUGAUGGGACCCCUUUGGAAAGAUGCUCGUAGGCUGUCUGGUUUUAUCUUCAGAUCAACUAGAUUCGCUUAAUUUUGUCACUUAUUUCAUUUCAGAAAUUGAAUAAUUUAUAUUGUAAAAUUAUUAUUUUACCAUUAUUUGGGACGCAUCUCGAAAGAAUCUCCGAACCUCCUUAAACCACAACAAAACCGUGACGAAUACGGCCAAUUCAGCAGUCUGAAUUUGAAUAAUAUUUUCUGGAUGAAAAACAGCGCCGCGUCACGUAUAAUAAAUGAAAAACAUUGAUAUUAUUAGGGUUUAUUAUUAUACAGGGUUCACCUCGAAGAUUCGACAAAUGCAACAUUUUUCUUUUAUUUAAUAUUUUUGAUAUAUAUUUUUUUAAAUAAUUAGUAUACCUCUGGGCUACAAUUUAUUAUGGACAUUUUUUUUAGGAGGAGGAGGACUUAAAAAUAGAAAAUUUAAAACUUUACUAUAAUAUUUUAAAAACAAAUUCAAAAUAAUCAUUUUGUAAAAUGGGGUUUUAGAAAAGUUUUGGUGUUUGAAACUUUUGUUAAAGUAUGGUCUUUUAUUUUCUACGAAUUUUUGAAAAUUUGAAUAAUUUUCUUUUGAAUCAUAAUAAUAUUGUUUAUCAACAUAAAAUACCAUUAUUGAUUGAUUUAUACUACCUAAUACUUAUAAUAUGAUAAUAUUAUAGCAUGAUAUUAACUCAUGGAAAAGCAAAUCCUUGUAAUGUGCCUUGACUAAUAACCGAUUAAAUAUUUCAAUAUUCACAUUUGUAAAAAGUUCAAAAAAUUGUAGAAAAUAAAAGACCAUACUUUAACAAAAGUUUCAAUCACCAAAAAUUGUAAAAAAAUAUAUUUUUUGGUUUGGCCAUAGAAAGUCUAAUGGCUAAUGACUAUUUUGGAUUUGUUUAAAAAAAUUAUAGCACAAUUUUAAAUUUUUUUAUUUUAAGACCCCUAUCUUUAAAAAAAAAAAAAAAUGUUCUUACAUAAACUGUAGCGUUGAUGCAAACAAUAAUUUCCAAAAUAUAUAUAUAUAUAAAAAUUAUUGAAUAGAACAAAAGUUAUUACAUUUGUUAAAUCCUUGUGGGAAACCCUGUGUAUAUACAGAUUUGUGCCUAACAAUGAUAUAAGCGUUAAAAUUAAGUAUUAUUAUUAAGUGAAAUUGCUGGUAGAAAAGUUGUGCAUAAAAAAAAAAGCCGUUUAGGUUCUGAGUGGAGCGACAUAAGUAUUGUUGACGAAGUAUCAAUGUCAACUGAACCCCGGUCAGAAUCGUUUUUUCGUUAGCAAUGGUUAAUCGUUGCUAACAGAUGAACUUUAAAUUACCUGUAACAGUGGCUGCACCCAUCCCCAUUAUCCUUGGAUGUUUUUUUUAACUAAUACCUACAUUUCGUACAUUUUCCGUUUUCCGACAUUUUAUCCUGCUUUUCCCAGAUAUUAUGAAAACCACUUGAAAAAUCAAAAAAUGACCUCCUUAAAUUACCACGGAGAUAAAUUUCCAUCCUUAACCGUUAAUAAAGAAAUAAUAAUAAUAAAACCUCUCAAAAUACCGGGCAUACGAUGUAUAGACUUGUUUUCCAUGUUGGUAAUGUCAUUUAUCGGUCAGAAUUUUUUCUUCGUAUGUUGCUUUUUUCACCGGACUAUUUUGCCUACUCUUUCCGAUAAGUUCUCGCCGUGCUUUUAUCGUAGCGAAAAGAUGCUUAUAGUUGUCACCUAUAAUCGCGGUGGCGUGGCGGUCGCAUUUGUACGGGUUCGAAACCGUAUACCGGGUGAGAUUUUUAAACACCCGGCCUACACGCGCUAAACACCGCUAUUAUGUCAUCAAGUUGGCUCACAAAGUUUUAGCCACCUAUAGCGCACCCUGUACCGUCAUUCGUGCGCGUUGCCGCCGUCGGGUGCAUAAUAUUAUUUGAUUAGUUUUCACAACGCUGCCGAUCGACGCGUGUUGCAGGGCCGCGACGAUUAUUACCGCGGCGGCGAGGGCGCGCAUCGAACUGGGCCUAACCAGCAGUCGUCCAGGUCGUCGCACCACCACCAGUUCGGCCCGGCGGCGGACGGCGGCGACGGGAAGCCACUGCAGCAGACGUCGAACCGCGGCGGGCCCGGGACCAAUCUGGUGCGGAAGUACAAGAGGCCCGUGACGGGGCCUCUUGUACAGCCACCCGAUCGACAUCACCCACAUCUCCAACAGCACCCGGUCAAUUAUUCCAGCUCGGAGGAAGAGGUCCGGUCCACGUCCGAGUGCACCAGCUGCGACGAGCCCGAAAGCGAAAAAGGUAAGGUGUCCGCGGUAAUCGUUUUACACGAGUACCUAUACCAUAUUAUAUUAAAAUAUGAUAAUAUACCCAGGUACCUACCACCGCGGUAACCGCUAUACCACUGUCGCCAUCUCCGUGCGUAAAUAUGCGUAAAAUAAUAAUAAUAAUAUAUGUCGCCCGGUUCUAAUCGGAGGGAGGGGAACCGUAAACUAACGUAAAAUAUUAUUCUAUGAUAUUUUUGAUUUCUUUCCUUUUUUUCGUUUUUUUAUUUUUGUAAAAUAUAACGCCUUUGGAUCUUUGUACCUGUACAAGACGCUAUAUUUAAUUCAAAACAAAAGUCCAGAAACAAACAAAUAUUUUAUUUUAUUUUUUCUCGUUAUUGAUAUCCCUGAGUCAACGUUCCGUGUUCUUUACUUACAACGGACACAACUGUACAUAGAAAUACAGGGUGUAGCCACUGUGCGAACAACGCACAAAAUAUUAUUAUUCCCAAAACUCUAUAUAGUAAUGUUAUUGAUUGAACUGACGUACAGGUGACGGAGAGAGUAAUGCGGGAGAAGACCAUAAAAAUCCAAUACCAUUAUUAUCGGUAGGUUUUUUGGCAUCUGUAAAGCCCGUUGUUGUUUUUUUUUUUUGUGUUCAAUUUUUUUUUCUUUUUAUUCAAUAACAAUUUCUCUAUAUAUUUAUAUACAUUUAUAUGUAUUCGUACAUCAUAUAAUAUUGUGUUGAACAUUUUUUGUAUUUUAUAAACUACUUUUUUUUUUUUUUUUUUUUUUUUUAUGGCGUUACCCAGCGAACAUGCAUGCGUCGUGACACUCUUAUGAUAUUUGUCCCUCUUGACUAUAUAUUAUUAUUAUACACCGUACUUGUGUUAUACUGCAUAUUAUACGUUCUUUAUAUUGCGCUCUAUAUUGCGGUUGGGGCUCUCGAGUCUGGGCGGUUUGAGGUUAGGUGACAUUGUGUUGUCGUCGUUUAGCGAUUUGCCGCAAGAUGGGCACCGUUAGCGGACCGAGACGAAAGAAAACGGUGCGGUUCGAUCACCGGCACCAUCAAACGACCCAACAAACCUCCAAAGACUCCGGAUUCGACACCGGCAGUUCGAUAUUCACGUCCAACGACGAUCCGAUAUAUCUCAACGAAAUUAAGGUAUACUAAAACAAUAAUUAGCGUCAAAUUAAAAAAAAAAAUAAAAAAAAAAAAAAUAUUAAUAAUAUAAAACGCAAUAAAAUAGGUAUCAGAAUAAAGUAGAUAUUAUUUUUUCCCGAGACAAAAUAAUAAACAUACGCUAUUUUGUAUAAUAUAGUUAUAUCUUUGGUUCCAGGGCAGAAGGGCUUAAGUAAAUUUUAUAUUGUUUUCAUUACAAGCGAAUUAAAUUUUGAAAAUUGAUGAACAACGAAAUGACAUAAUUGCUAAAUAACUAAAUUACUGAAUGGCCUAAUCUAAACGCAGACGUUUUAAAUGACUUACCUAUGCUUACAAAAGUUAUUUCAGAUAUUUUAAUUUUCAGUAUAACAUAUCAUACUAGAAUAUACAUAUACUUAUGCAAUUUAGACUGAAAAAUAAAGGGGUACGUAAUUUUUUUCUCUUUACAAGGGUUAAAUAUACUUGAUAAAAUAUUUAAAAUUUUUCCUCCCCAGGAUCAAAGAUAUUUAGUUACUAUUAGUAUAAUGAAAAAAAAAAAAAAUUAAUAAACCGUCGAAUACUAUUGCAGACAUUCUUACAAUGUCAAACGUAUACCGAUUUUCGUCAAAAAUUAUUCAUCUCGUCGUUCUCAGAUUAGUAAUAGACAAUAAGAAUACUUUUUUAAAAUACUCAAUAUAGAAUACGAAUUUGAGUAUUAUUCAUUAAAAAAAUAAAUUUGUUCACGAAUACUAAUACUUUUAAAGCAUUUAUAAAUAUUUUCAAAUAUAAUUUGGCAGACAUGAUAUGUUUCCCAUAGACCAUAGUCAAUCGACUUUUUUUUUCAUUCAACACCAUAUCGUAUUAAAUCGAUACUAUAAUACCAUAUGUACAUAAAUAAAACCGCGGGGGUUGAUACUAACCUAAAACUAUCGGAAAUAGUUCAAUUGAUUUUAGUAUUUGUAAAAGUAAUUUUUUUUUUUAAAUUUCUCCAUAUGAAAUUUUGAGAAAAUCUCAAACAAAUCAAACGCGAUGGAAAACAAUAAUUUGAAAAAUGAUAAGUGUUAAAAAUAAAUAUUCUAAAUACUUCUACUCGAAUGUCCAUUGCUACACGCCUGCGACUCGUUAUUUAAUUAAUCUAAUAACAAUAUUGUCCGUUAUUAGGCAUAACGUAAUGUUUUUAUAAUAAUAUUAACCGUUACAAAUGUAUAGGUAAUAUUUAUGUCGUUGCCAUUUGUAUAAUCAUAAUAAAUACAUGUAUAGAUUUCUAAUGACGUAUUAAAUAUGAUAUUAGGGUAAUAAAUUUAAAUAUUAGUACCCAUCUAUAUCUAAAUAGAUUAUAGAUUAGUAUGCGUACGUAUUUUACGAACAUAUAUUUAGGUCAUUUUUGUUUUUUAAUGUUGUAAAAUUUAGUCUUAGGUAUUGUAAAUAAUAAUUUUUGUAAAUAUUAAAACGGUACUUACCUAUAGGUACCUUAAUACCUGUACGCAUAAUGGUAUUGUGACGCGAUAGAAAAAUAAAUAAUUACGUUUAUUUUCAAAUAUUGAAAUAGUUUACUUGUUCGGUAUAUUGUAAUAAUGCAGGUACAUAAUAUACACGUUUAAUAAUUGUACGGUUUUCAUAAAAUCGUUUGAACGAUAUUGUCGCAUUUCAAAUUUUAUAGUUUUCAUGAUUAUAGUAAUGUAUUGAACACGGGGACAAUUUUCCUAUACAGUUUUUACCAUUAUUAUUUUUUCCAAAUGGUAUAGUAAAUAUUUUGGAUCAAUUCGUGGACAGGACAAAAAUGGAUUGGAAAAACUGUCACACACAACAAUCAAUACAUACAUACAUAUAUAUAUGUAAUAGUAUACUUUCUUAUACAUUUUAUAAAAUGUCGGGUCGAAUCAAAACAAAGUGCGUGUACCUACCACUCUAGUUACGUAUUACGUGAAUUCGUCAUUUUCUUCAAUAUUCUUACCGUCGGCAGUUUUUUAUUUUUUAUUAUUAGUUAUUAUUAUACUAUACGUCAAUUGUAUUUUAUUUAUUUUUUAAGUUACCUUUUUUUAAAUGAAACAUUUCAAGAAAUUUGUUUCCCCUCAGAAUUACCAGAUGAUAUGUACCAGAUGUAUACAAUUUGCACUCAUCACUGCUAAUUGCUUUUUUGCAUGUAUGUUUUUAUAAUUUUUUAUUUUUGCCUGUGUAUGUGAUGUUAUUUAUUUUUAUUUUUUGUUCUCAUGAAUGUUUUUUUUUUUUUUUCAUUUCUUUAGUAGGUAGUUAGUUUUUGUUAUGACAAUUUUACUUGUAUUUUAGAUAGAACAUAAUUGAAAAAAUAUAUAAUUAUAUAUACAAAUAUAUUAUACUUAUCUAAUUGUAACAAAACACUACUGCAGUGGGUAUGAAACUGUAUGCUAUUAAUACUCAAAAGGUGUUGUUAAAAGCAAACGAUAAUUUUUUUAACUAUCGUUUUUAAGUCCUUCGUAAUCUUCGUGGUUGACGAGUUUAUGGAAUAUUUUUGUUUAGUUGAUAAUAUACGUAUAUCUCUUCGUUAUUCACCGGUUCACUGUAAUGAGUGCAACAUCGGAAUGAUAUUUUAAUAAUAAAGUUUAAAUAACUCGUCGAGAAAACAAUAAUUUCAUACGCAUCAGGAGUCUCCAAUCUCCAUCAACCCUGUUACAGCUUAGCCCGCUAAGCACUACAACUGGUGUAUUGAAAAUAAAUUAGUUUGAAAUUUAAUUUUACAAUAAAAAAGGUAUUUAAGUUACGAGUAAUAAAUGCUGUUUAUUAGGGUGAUGCUUAAAAUUCAACUUAAAAAUUAUACUAGUAACUAUAUAAAUAAGUAUUCCUCUUAAGUAGUUACUUUUGUUAGCUGUUAACGAUAUUUAAAACCUAAUGAAUAGACCUUAAUUUUUUUUUGAGGCUUUUAAAUAUUAUGUAAAACAAAUUGGUGAAGUUCCCCAACAAUAUGUAUUAAGUUGAAUAUUUAAAAUAUCGACUAUACGUUCAAAAUACCAAAAAACAAUUGAAUUUUAAGCAUCAGUGAUGUUUACUUAAGUUUUAUUCUCAACAACAGCAUUUAAGAGUGAAUAUCCACUGCAUGUCCACUCCUCUUCUCUUCAUAAAAAGUUUCACGAGCAGAUAGAGAUAGAUUUUCCUUUUAACUUUGGAACUUUUCCCAGUUACCCUAUGCCAAUGAGAAUAUAUCCAAUACAUGGUGAUUCAUUUAAUAUAAAGCACUCACGAUUGAAAUUUUUCGAAAACAAAUUAUUAUCAAAUUCUUGUCAAUUUAAAAAAACAAGCAACUUGAAAAUGUUACAUUACCAUUGUUUUUUGUCAAUCUUAUUUUUGGGGGUGAAACGAUUACCUAUAUUUGGUAUUAAAAUUUAAAUAAAUGUUGAUGUUUAAAUUUUUGAUUCUCGUCAAUCCGUUGGUAAAAUAUUUUACUUUUAAGUUUAGAUAGGGAGCGAAUAGUGUAGUAUUAUUCAAACACCACGCUCCAUGCCAACACUCAAAUAAUACUCCACUAUUCUACCCUUAAUUAAAUUUAAAAGAGGAAUAUACCGUUAACGGCUUAAUGGAAAUCUACAAUUUUAACCUAACCUAACAAUCCAUUUAUUCAUGGAAUGUUUAAUAUAGGUUGCAAUUUGAAAAUUAAAAGUUGAUAGUUGUUUUACCCCCGAAAAUAAUGGUAAUGUAACAUUUUAGAGCUACUUGUUUCUUAAAUUGUUAAAGAAAAAAUUGUCUCGGAAAAAGUCAAUACUUUGCGAAAUAAUAAGUGUUUUAUGUUAAAUGAACCACUGCAUAAAAUAAAACAAAUCGUUACAAAAUCAAACAUUGUAAGCAAAAUCUUACUCCAUUAGGUGUGCAGUAGACUUAAAUGUAUGUCUAUUUGGACACAAAAAAUUUCCUUAAAAAAUGCUCCGCAACAACUAAUGAAUAGAGGAAAACCUCAAUUUCAUUUAUCUACCUAUUUUUGAACAAUUUUGAUCCGCUAUGCCGAGUACACCAGAUUCGGCUCACUGCCGUUAAAAAGGUCGAAGACCCCUAUUUUAAAAUAUGAAUUAUUUUCAAAGAAUUGUACAAUUCGAUAUAAAAACUGUAUUAUUGGCUACCCAGAGUUGAGUUCAUUUGUUUUACCAUGGACGUUAUUAUCAAGGCGACGGAUAACAGAAUUAACGAGUGAUACAUCUCACUCAAUUCCGUUAAAGAACCGUUCGCGAAAAUAAAACAUUAUGAUUGAACGUACGAUAAAUAUUGAUGGACACACUCGGUUGGUCUUUGACCUCCGAUUAUCGGUCUUAAUAUUUCGCAGUCGAAACGGUAUAAUACUGUUAUACUACCAUGUUUUUUUCUCGCCGAUCCAAAACAGAAACCGAGACGAUAAUAACUCAUUUCGUUACUAGUUACGUCGAGUGUCAAUACACUGCCAACUAUACUUUACGUUCGAAUUCCAAAGUCGUGUUAAUCUUCUGUGAAAAAAAAAAAAAAAAAUAAAUUAAAAAUCCAGCAGUGUUUCAAGUUACGAUUAGAUACUAUACAGGGCCUGCAGCAGAUGCUUGCAGCGGACGCGACGACGGUGACGACGGGGUGCUAAUGCUGAUUCUGUUUGCAGCAACCGAUGUCGUGGCAACGGAGCCCCGAUCACAAGUUCUUGAUAGGUCACAUGGUGCUUAACAAGUCCGUUUGGGAGACGCCGGUCAGUCCGUCUUCCAGCGCGGCCGCCAUGUUGGGCUUGAAAAUCACCGGCGGCAAACUCUUGUCGGCUACCGGAAGGAGAUGCGCGAUUAUCGAUCGCGUCCGGAAGGGCAGCACAGCCGAUAUGGAAGGCAAUUUGAAACCGGGUUAGUGGGACAUAGUACGACGUCUGCUGUUCCUAUUCUUCAUUUCCCUCUUGCGACUUUUCUAUCCCCACCGUUACCUAUAUACAUAUUAUAAUACAGCAAUACUGCACUAGUUUUUCUGACAUAACGCUACCGUUAUAUAAUAAUCGCUGUUAAAAAAUCAAAGCACUCACAUCUCUUGUUUUACGUAUAUCAUAUUUCCGACGUGUCAAUAAAUAAUAAAUAACAUAUAAUUAUUGUUUUUAUUGUCAAGGACGUUUUUAUCAUCAUGUUAUAUUUAUAUUCAUUUUUGUAUCUGUGUUAUUGUACCUACGAAAUUUCAAUAAAAUAUUAAGUUGUUCCGUUCAAUUUUCUUUAUAGUUUAAUACUAAUUAUAGUUACGUCAUAUUGAUGAUAUAUGCACGUAUAGCCAAUGUAUUGCAUUAUAGUGGCGUCAUUUCAAUAUCUGGUAUAGACUAAGGCAAAUUUUGCUCACUGAUAAGGUAUAGAAUUAUUUACCAAAAAAAAAUGUUCUCGCUUCGCUCCAAUUUCGCCCUUCACUAGUUAUUUAGGGUUUUCAUACUUGCAAAGAAAUAGGUAUCUACAUAUUCUCGUAGCAUUUAAAUUUGAUAUUUUAUUUCAAAAAAUUAAAAUUGUUGUCAAAAGUCGUGAAAAUCGCUUGGAAAAUAAGAAACCUAGAAUCCGACUACGAAAUACUUAUACGUAAGGUAUACGUAUAUAAACGAAACGUACAUGUAACAUUUUUCAAUAUUAUGAUAAUUUUGUCCUAGACCAUAGACUUAGAUGUUGGAGAUCAAGUCUUAAAUAUGGCUAAAAGUUAUACCGGGAAACUGUCCAAGUUGCCCUCCUUUUAAAUGACGCCACUAUUACAUUGUUGUAUGCAUUAUUUUUAAACAUGGCACAAUAUACUAAUUAGUAUUGUUAAAAUCAAUAAUCGUACUAACUUUUUAUUAUAAUAGAAAUAUUAUCAAUAAUAAUAAUACUACCGUACAAAAUACAAAUAUUAAAAUAUUAAUUAAGAAGCAAAAAAAAAGUUUUUAUCGAUUCACGAUUUAAAAUUAGUUUCAUACAAAUUUAAAUUUUCAAUAUUCUACUCGAAAAUUAAUUAUCAUUAUUAUGAAGAUUAACGUUUAGUUAUACAGUAAUUAUUUUGUUUUUUUUUUUUUUUUAUACUAGUUCGUUUUAAAAUUACAUUUUUUGUAGGAAAUCGUUAUAUCGAUUAUUGAUUAAAAAGUCAGCCAUUAAUCAUUAAAAAUAAUUAUUAUAAUAGACAAAUUUAAUUAUAAUAUUUUACAAAAAUUGUAUAUAUUGUUUAAUAAAUUAUACGAGUAUUAGUUUAUAGUAUUUUAUUAUAGUUUAGAAUCAUUGAAAUUAAAAUUAGUUUAAUUAAUUUAUCAGACACAUAAUAUAACGGCUAUACCUGCCAAUUUAAUUUCAGAUACAAUUAACAUUCGCUACAAUAAUAAUUUAGAUGUUAAUAUUAUCAUUUAUCAAUAAUAACUAAAUAUAAAUAUUUUCUAUACUAACGAUAGAGAAUUAUUUAAUGCCAAUUUAUAAGAGUAUCGUGUGAUUAAAGUGUGACUUGUGUUGAGAAAAUAAUAUAGUUAAACGUAGCUUAGUUAUAAAUAUUAGAGUAUUUGAAUUGUAAAAUAUUUCAUCAUUUAAAUGACUCGAAACGGUGUUUAUUUAAUAUUUUAACGGAGCUUUGUUAACAGGAGAUGAAGUAUUGGAGUGGAACGGUUGUACAUUGCAAGGCAAAACACAAAAAGAAGUUUCAGAUAUUAUAGCCGAAUCAAAACAAUUGCCACAGAUCGAGCUUAAAGUUUCCAGAUCGAUACUCCCGAGAAGAGCGAGUCAUGGUACUCCGAUUAAACCUGCAGGUAUUGAUUUUAAGAAGGUAUCACUGGAGUCCCUAUUCUAUGUAUAUAUAUAUUGAUUAAUGAUGCUUGUUUCAUUUGCUUUCAGCUACAGCGAGUUCACUGGGUUAGCGCGAUUUCAAACCGCCCUACUGAUGCCCCUGACCCCUUUAGAUUUAUAAAAAAAUAAUUUUGAAAUAUUAAAAUAGCAAUAAAUUUAACGUGUUUUCAGGUUUAUAUGAUUUACGUAAAGAUAAGCCUUAUGUGAUGGUAACUUCGCCGGGUAGUCCUGAGCAUUUGGCUUCUCUGGCUUCGAAUACCCGGAUCUUAAGAGCUUCCAAAAGUGUCACCGGGCCAAAUAGUUCACAUGUCGGGGGCAAGAUACAGGUAUAACUGCCAUUAAUCAAAUAUAUAUUUUUUGAAUACUGACCUUAUUGUAAAUUUGUUGGGACGGUUUAGGUUAAACUAUGUUUUGACUCCCAAUCACUGAAGUUAGCCGUAACUAUAAUGGCCGCUUCAAAUCUAUUACCACGGUCUGAUGGUACGCCAAGAUCGGCAUAUGCUAAAGUAUGCCUUUUACCGGAUACAAGUGAAAAGUCUAAACGUAGGACUAAAACGAUAGUGAAUUCUACCGAUCCUAAAUGGAAUCAACCUUUUUCGUUUACCACUAUGAGAAAAUCAGAUUUAAAGUUAAAAGUACUUCAAAUAUCGGUAUGGGAUUAUGAUCAUAAUCCUACAAAUCAGUUUCUCGGUGAAGUGCUGAUCGAAUUGGGAUUAAAAAAAUUAGAUAACUUAGCUGAAUGGUAUUCAUUGACUGUACAUAAAGAAUUAACUGUAUGUGUUUUAUGAUAUUUAUUUUUGUCGAAAUCUUCAAAUAUUUUUAUUUUAAUUAUAUUUAGGGAGAAGGAGGUGUUCAAAUUGGUGAUUAUGACACGGAGUACUCUGGAGAACAUUUGUCUCCGCCAUCUACGUUAUCUCGACAAUCAGAUUCAGAUGCUUCGGACGUUGAUGAUUGCUGUAGUGGAAGAAGAAUCGGAGCUGACGGAGCAUCCAUAAGUAGUCUUGGUAGUUCUAUAAGGUAUAUACAAUGACGCUUGAGUAAACGUUAUAAUAUUGAACAAAGUAAUUAUUUUCAGCCCACCACCUGAUUAUGAUCACUUAGAUCGGAGAAAAAGUCGUAGAGACAUGCCGCCGUCGCAAAAAUCAUAUGUGUACGGCACCACGAUCGAAAAAAAAUAUGUUUACGAUGCCAGUUCAAAAGUAAAUAUGAUAAAUUAUAUGUUCAAUUGAAUAAAAUAUAUAUUUUCAUAUUUAAUAGCAGCAACCUGUACCGAGUCGAUCCACAACAAGUAUUAGUCAUAGAUCUAGAUCUGCUGCACCGACUACUUCUCCUAGCCAACAUUCCAGAUCACGGUCGAAAAGUCCAACGAUGGUCACCGAUAGAAGAAGUUUAUCUCCACCAGACUAUAGAUAUCCUGGGAGUGUAUCAUCUUAUAGACAAGUUCCUUCCAGGAUGUUAGCUAGAUCGGCAACUGCUACUCCUACAUCCACACCCAAAAAACGUCAACUUCCCCAAAUUCCAGGAACCACCCCUUCUUCGUUAGACGAUCGAAUUCCAUAUGUAAGUUUUCUUUCAAAACGUGCUUUCGUAGAUGUUAGUAUGGUGUAAUUACAGAGUGUUAUAAUUUUACAGUAUUUUGAUGACCAAACAUCGUCUGUGCGAAGAAGAACAAGACAGCUGCAACCUAGAAGAAUGCCGAGUAGAACGUCGACAAGCUUCAGUAGAUUUCACAAUUAUUGUGCUACCAGCGACAGUGAUAUACCAUUACAACAAAAUAGAUCUCUGACUCCCCCUCAUGUUAGAAAUUCAAUAAUGUCCAGAGGAGAAACUGGAGAUACUUGUGAUAUUGAUGAUAGUGAUAGUGUUAUCAGUAGUGCUUUAUCUACGCAAUCUGAACAACCCAGACCGACAAGAUUUAGGUAAUGAGUGAAAAAUUGUUUGAGAUAUAAUUAAGUUUAUACUUCUAGUAAAUUACUAGGUAAUCACUUUAUGUUAUGGUAGGUAUUUAUGUUUUAUAAAUUAGAAUCAUUAUUCAUGAGUUAUUUUAUAUAUUUAGAUUUCUAAUAUUUCAAUAAAGUGGCAUAUAUUGUUUGUGUUAAAAUUCCUUAAAUAGAGUAUUUUGUUACAUCGGCUCGAAAAUGUAUUAAUAUUUUCAUAUACUUAUUGAUGAAUGGGAUGAUAUCUGAAAAUCUCACGACAGUAUGUUUUGUCUUUUGCAGCUGCUGCAACGCCACCGAUUACCGCUACCCAUCAACGUCCCAUUCACCCAGCUGUAGUUUUAGUAAAAGUAGUAGCAAGCGUGAUAGUAUACAUUUGUACCGUUAUAAUUCAUUUCCUGCCGAUUACUUUUUACUCUGUCCGAUAGAUAAUAGACCUGUUUUGACUGAAAAUUCGCCGACUGAAAACUCUAAACCAUUGAAAAAAACACGAUUUAAUUUAAAUCAUCUAGACAACCAUGAUCCUCUUUAUGAUUCUGAUUCCGGGUUGGAUUUUCUAGGGUUUCAAUCACCAACAGAAAGACAAAGAUCCCGUAGGAAAAGAAAUUUAACCCUAGAUUUAGGCGAAUCGGUGUUAGACGUAGUGGGUAGCUAUAGUGGCGCUGCUGUAGCAUUUAGUUAUGCUUUAACCGACCCUUUAAAUGCUAUUGUCCAUGGCAGUGAUUAUGGAGCGUCGCAAAGUAGAUCUGGAUCUCAACAAUCUCCAGUCAUGGUGCCGACCACUGAUAGCAAGAGGCCUCAAUUUUCGAGGAGCCUGUCUAAUGCUGACGUACAAGCAGAAAACAUUGCCGGUAUGAUUAGACGGAAUCACAUUUUUUAUUUUAUUGUUAUAUCGAAUUUUCUGUUUUUAGAUACCGGAAGUUCUGGAAAACGAAGAGUCGAUUCUUCUUCUAUAACAGAAAAUACCGGUAAAAGCUCAGCUUCUGGGACCAACUCUUCCUCUUCUGGCAUGGGCAAAAAAAGUGCGUCAGCUUCUCAAUUAUCAGCAACUGGUGAGUGAUACUCUUAAAAAAGAAUUUUACAAUACUCCAUGACUAAAUAUAUGUUUGAGAUAAGUCUACAUUUCCUUAUUCAACGUGACCAAACAUGCAUUUUAUAAGCAAAGCUAUAAAACCAUAAAGACUAUAAUAAUAUGUUAUAGGACGAUGUGUUGAUUUCGGUAAUUUUUCAUUUUGAAUAUUCAUAGUUAGUAAUAAUGAUAAUAAUAUUAAGAUUUAAUUCCGUAACUUAUUCUAGAAAAUAAUUUAAAUGUGAUAAUUUAGUUAAAAUCAAUUUUUAUUUAAACUAUCAAUUUAUUUAUCCUGAAUAAACUAAAUAAUAUAUAAUAUUUUUUUUACUAAAAACUUUAUAUUUUCCUAUAGUCUAUUGAAAUAUAAAUCAAGAUAAUAGUUUUGUUUUUAUUCAAUUUGUCUUACAAGUAAUGAUUUACAUUUCGCUAUAGUAAAUUGAUUAAUUUUGGGCUGGAUUUAAAGGGCGCAAGCGUAGGUUAGGUUUUGGUUCGAAAGGAAAAUCUUCGUUUACGGUGCACAGAAGUGAAGAAGUGCUGCCCGGGGCGAGUCGUCCCCUCAUCAAACAGCCGUCCAGCGUUUCUAGUGACGGUGAAGCAUCCCAAGACGGCGAAAGGUUAAUAAUGUAUGAUAUUUGUAUUUUUUUUUUACAAAAUAAAAAAAAAAAUUAAUAAUAAUAAUAAUAUUAAUUAAACCAUGGAGAUAUUGAUGGUAUCCGGGAUGAAGACCAAACAUGGUAAAAGUCAAAGAAGCCUUGUGUAUAUUGUCGUUUUGGUUUGAUGAUUUUCAAAAGAGAAGUUUGCCUUUGCAUGGGGAUUGGAUCAUCAUUCGUGUACAUAUAUAAUUUUUGUUGUAGAAUGUUUGUGCAAAAUCUGAACAUAUUAUAAUAUUAUUAAUGAAAAGAUAACAUCGUCGCUAGAAAUACCUCAAAUACAGUUAUUUUCAUGGAAAAUAAUAAUAAACAGACGCUUGUAAAUAUUGCGAAUUACAAACACCCCGGUUGCGUCUAUUGGUAUUGGAACAUUUUCAGUCAUUGUAGCCAACCAAUAGUCGUAUACUGGUUAGAUGAUCUUUCGUAUUAUUCACUUAGUCAUAUAAUAUAUAUAAAUAUCAAUAUUAGGAGUUCGUGCAUAGUUGUAGAAUGCUUUAUUACGAUAAAUAAUGAAGUAUGGUUUUUUCCACGCGUAAAAAUUUUAUUUUAAACUAUAAACAGUGUGUAUAAAAUAAAAAGCGCCGAUUGCUGAUAUGUUAACACUUGAAUCCUAUAUAUACAUACAAUAUAGCAUAUCCCGCUGUGAUAUCCUAAAUUACUAGUAGUCUCCAAAAAUCCAAUGUAAUUGUUUAGGAUAUUGUUUUAUUUGAUUGAUUGUUGGAUAGAAGGAAGGAGUUCGAAAGGGAAACGCGGUUCAGGUAGCGGAGGCGGUGGCGCCCAACCCAAUUUUAAGCGGUCCCAAGAGGUGGCCCCGGGCAGACAAGCAAGCCUCACCAGUCUUUCUAGCGAUUGUCCAAGCUCGUAAGUAAUCCUAAUUCUCUCCCAAGUCAUCCAGAUACAUCAAUUUAUCUCUAUUUUGGCCUGUGUGUUUAUUUUUUAGCUUAAAAUUCUUCUCUUUAAUGCACGUUAAAACUAUAUGCAAUUCAUAUAAUACUAUUAAAAGGGGUCGUCGGAUAAUAAAUCGAUAACACGAUAAUCAAUUAACUGUGUACCUGCCAGAUGUCCACUUAUUAACUAUUUUAUUUAUUUUAUUAAGAAAACAUUUUUUAUGUCAGGCAAAUUUAUUAUUAUGAAUCGGAUUCCGCGAUUUCGGAUAUUAAUGAAUUUAUAAUUGAAUAUUAUUUUUUUUAUUAAAACUAUAUUAACAAAACUCAAUUUUGUUUUUUCAUUUUUAUAUUACUUUUUCUCGGUAAGUUAGAAUUUAAACGAAUUUAUUUUCUAUUAACAAUUGAGGAUUAAUGAAUCAUAUUGGGAAUAAACUAUUUUAAUUAUCAAUAACUAUUAUAUUUAAUAAUGAGUUGUUUUAUUUCUAUUAAUAUAUAUAUGUAUUAUUUAAAUCACUAUUUAAGUAUACAAAUUUAAAUAGUACUUUCAUACAUCUUUUUUUAAUAUAAUAUUUUAAAUUGAGUAGAUUUUAUCAAAUUAUUGCACCUAUAUUUUCACUUAAAAUCAUAUCAAUAUAGUUACCAAGCUUAUGAUAAAAAAAAAUAUGCUUUGACACUCUUCAUUGAUUAUGUUCAACUAAUAUUAUAUUAUGUAUUUGUUUUAUUAUUACAUUUAUUUCAUUUAAUAUACAAUAUUAUUAUAUUUUGAUUGAAGAUAAAUCUUUAACUUAUUCACUUAUUAGUAAACGUAAUAUUUUAUUAAGUAUUUACAAAUAAUUUUCUUUUAAAAAUAUAUUUGUAAUCAAAUAAUAUUGGUAGUUAAUGCAUUACAUACCUACAUUGUUUUUUUUUUUUUUAAUCAAAGUAGGUUAGAAUAACAACUUCAUGAAAAUAUGUUAUACAAAGAUAUAUCCGACCACUAGACCACUAUAAACAUGUGACAAUCACUUUAUUUAUGAAACUUUUAAAAUAUUUAUUUACAAUUAAUCAACUGUAAUAUUCAGUCAAUAAUAUCAUCAUUCACUGCAUUUCAGUUUAUUUGUAUUCGUUUUAUAACUGUUAUUGAUAAAGCGAUGUAUUUCGAUGUUUACAAAUCAGUAAAAAAAAAAAAAAUGAAUCACAUGUAAAAUCUAUAUUUGCAUAAUAAUUUCACUGAAAGAUUAAAUUAUUAUAAUUACCGAUUAAUGAUUUUUGUAGGCACACGACCUGCAAAAAUUGUUUGUUGGUUACUACUCUAUUAUUAAGUUAUUAAUUCAAAAUUGGUGUGCAGGUUCCAAUCAUAAUAACUUAAUAAUUUGUUAUUUUUACUCAUAUACUUAUCUAUAAUAGGUAUAUGAAUUAAAAAUUGUUUGUAUCCUAUGUAAUACGAGUUGUAAACACAACGAUAUCACAAUUUGUGUUUAUUUUUAUAAUACUCGUAGAUAUGUCUAUUGAGAUCUCAAUUUUAUACUUUGACAUACAAAAUAAUUACCUAUUGUUAUCUAAUUUGUUUUUCUAUAUGUUUUAAUGUGUAUCUAUAUUAAUGGUCGUUUACACGAUGCUUUUUUGCUAGCGACUAUAAGGCUACACAAACCUGGCUAGGUACUAUAUCAUAGGACAAAUCAUCGUGUAAUUGAGUUAGAUAAUAAAUUAACAUUCUAUAUGUAUACUAUACCUUGCUAGCGAGCUAGUGGGAUUUUGAAAUCAAACAUAUUUUAACUUAUUAAAUAACUAUUGGCAACCUAUUUUACUAGUUGUUAACUGAAUUAUCACAUCGCGUGUAAGACCAGAUAACUAGUCCAACUUGCUGUUCCACUGACCACCGUGUUCCAUAUUGUACUUUUUACGUGUAAAUGGAACAACUUUACUGGCCGUUGAAGUAACGUUAUAGCAUGUACUAUAGUUGCUAAUAAAAAAAAAAAAAAACCAUCGUGUAAACGGCUCUUUAUGGACUAAUUAUUAUUAAUUAAUCGGAAAUCCUUUCCGAAAUAUUCGUGUAUUUUUAACCAUGUAAAUAUUAUAUAGACAGUUCAAUAAAUGGUGAGUAAUAUACUUUAGGUGUUAUAGUCGUAAUAUUAGUAACAAUUAUUACUAUUUCAUUGGUAGUUGCACUCGGUUAUUGAUGUAGAACUACUGGAGCUUUGCAUUGUUAAUUAUAUUUAUGUUAUAGAUUUGUUUAGAACUUUUACGUAAUAUCUUGCACGUGCAUGGUGUAAUAUAAUAUUGCUUGUUAAUUAAUUUUAGUGACACAAUUUUAAUAAUAAAACAAAAUAUAUUAUAUGAUUCUGUAUAAAAUAAUGGGCUCGUCAUACUGUCUUUAAUAAUUAUUAUUUGAAGUUUUGAUCACACUGGACGAAUUUACCCGCUAAUUACUGAUGAGUUUACUCGCUGCUACCAAACCACCUCAAUGUGUUUAACCUAGUCGCCUUCUCGCUGCUCGCCCGUGAAUAAAGUUAAUGACCGGCCUACUUUUGUCGCUAUUGGCCUAUUUUAAACUCUGGAGAGUGAAACCGCUUUGAGUAAUCUACGUGGCUAGUAAACUUGCUAUAGCGUGCCAACAGCUAUAGUGACUAUUGUAGUUGUUUCAAAAAGUCAAAGGCUGUAGUUCACGUGUAAAUGCGUUGUCGUUAAAUCUCAUUUAUUGUAUACCUGCAGAACUUAGAAAUAAAUGGGAAAACUAGACAAUUUAAGAAAAAAAAAAUAAUAAUUUGGAUCAGAGAUUGGGUUGCAAGCCGAGAGAAAUAUGAUGCGUCCAGUACCAAUGAAAUGAAAUGCGACGAAGACUAUCUGCAGUCUAAAAUAACAAUUGUUCCAUAUAAUUUAUUGCUUGUUACUUGUGACACACUCAUUUGCGCACGAUAUUUUUCGCUGCCAAGCAGUGAAUAAGUUCGCCACAAAUGUAAUCGAAGCUUCGAACGUAUAAAUAAAUAUUAGGCGUACGAUUUUAUAUAAUAACGUAACGCCGUGAGAAUAUUAUUUUUUGUUAUUACUGGUCAUAAUCUGUACCUAAUCAAAUCUACGGCUUUGCAAUUUUUUUUUGUUUAAAUCGUAUUAUAAUAUUCAUGUGUACAGUUUUUUUUUCUCUGCAACUAGUAUUAAAUUUAAAUGUUUUUUUUCAUUAAAAAACAUUAAAACAUUUUGAACGAUGUAAAUAAUAAUAUGCAGAAUACUCUUUAAACGUCAACAAUUUCUUUGCGCGUUGCUUUAAUAAUUAUUAACAAAACUAUAUAAUAAUUGAGUAUCUAAAACUGGCGAGACGGACAUCCUGACUAACUUGAACAAACGAAACAUUUUUCUUUCAACGAAUGAAAUGAUAUUUCAAAAAAUAAUUAUUAUUUAACUGACGUUGAAUUUAAGGUUUACCCCCUCCGUCGCUCACGCACGUAUAAAGCCACCUGUUGGCGGCCUUGCAUACACUGUCUAGUGUGUAUAAUAUUAUUAUGGUUUGUUAAGAACAUUCGUUGCGACCUCCAACAAUAAUAUUACAACUGAAGUAAACUCGUCGGAAAAAUCAGACAGUAAUGUUUUAUUAGAAGACAUUCCAAAAAAGCAGCCAGAAUUACAAUGAAAAUUACAAUAUAAUACAUUAUAUUUAAUGCUGUUGAUAUAGAUAUUUAACAUAUGUAUGAAAACAAUGAGUACGCGACGCUAUAGAUACAUUUCAUUUUACACUCCUCCCUAAAGGCGUGUGUAAAGUGUAUAUUUUAAAAAUAUUCAAGUCUAAGGUAAGUUCUGUCCAUUCCAAGAUGCAAAAUGCUUUAAUAAAAAUAAAUUGCGUUUUUAAUAUUAUACUAUUCUCAUGUUUGGUCUUCACGUGACUAUCAAUUUCUUCAUAAGCACUGUGGCGAUCUAUGCCGAUAAUCUAUUUUUUAUUCUUUCAAUGUUUAUGAAUAUAAUUUUAUUUAUGUAGUUUUUAUUAAUUUAUAUAGUUUCUUUAUACUUUUAUCAACAUAAUUUAUACGCUAAUUAAUUCCAAAGUUAACAUUUGUUUUUUCCGUUCGGCAUUUUAGCGCCGGCCAAUCCACCGAGGGGGAAGUAGCCACGUUCAUUGGUAAACUCGGAUCAGGCCAAAAGGUUAGUCGACAAAUAUUGGGAACUCCGUAUCGAGGUGACGUGAAAAUUGGAUUCAAUUUUUACGUUAAUUUUAUGGAAGUUAUAGUUCACGAAGCCAAGGAUUUGAUUAAAGAAACAAAAACCAAGAUUCCAGGUAAAAUAAAUAAUAAUCUGCCAAGUGUCCGUUUCUUUUAUAAACGGAAAGGCACAUAAAUAUUAAAAUUUUAAAAUAGGUAGUCGAACAUUUAUUUGACCAUUUUAAAUAAUCGGAAAAAUUCCGAAUGUAAAUAUAUUUGAAUGUAUAGGUAAUGAUUUUUUUUUUUGUGAAAAAUACUUAAACAGAUACGUAUGUUAAAGUAUACCUAGUGAAAGGAAAAAAGUGCGUAGAAAAACAUCGUACAAAAACAAUCAAAGAGAAUUUGCAGCCUAAGUACAAUGAAAUGCUCAAAUUUAAAAGUUCACCGGCCGGUUGUUUAAUUCAGGUAUGCAUGGAAUAUUAUUUUAUUCAAUUAAUCAACUUGCGUUUGUAUUUGGUGAGACGUCGUCAUAUACAUGCGUUUUUAAUUAGGGAAGAAAAUGUAUUUUCAGAAAAGUACAAUACAAAGUAGUCGAGUAAGAAAUCGCGGUAAAAUUUUGUUUUACUUUCGUUUGUAAUAAAUAAUAAUAUUUUAAGUAUGCAAAUGCGUAUUUACAUUCUACUUAAUAAGAUAGGUAUUAUUAUAUAGAUAACCAAACACAGACCGACGAACAUUAUAGAAUAUAAUGAUCACUCAAUCAGAUGACUGAUUUUUGGUUACUUAUGAUCAGAAGUAUAAUCCUAAGGAAAUGGUUCUGUUAACUAAUUUGAUAUCAUACGUUUGGUUCCUCUACAAAAACGUCCGCAUUGAUAAUAUUAAUAUAAAAAAAAGUUAUUUUAAAUGGUAAACAGAUAAAAGUUAUUUUUUUAACGGCUUUAGAGAUUAAAUACUUAUAAUAGGUAUCUUUUAUGGUUAAUCACACAAAUAGGUACAGAAAUUUAAAGUUUUUUUUAAGAAAAAUGUAAUUUUGUAUUUAUUAUCUUGACAUUAUAGUUUUUAGAUUAUUUUAAAGGGGUUUUUUUUUAUUUUGGGUGUACACGUUUUUCGCACAAAUUUCACGAUUAUACGAAUUAUAUAAUGUACUUCUUCUUAACUAUUACUCUGAAAAUUGAAUAUUUUAAUUGAUUAAUUAAUUAAUGAAAUUUAAAUAUUUCGGAGUUUCGUUAAAACGUAAGCAACUAUUUAAAAACUGAACGAUAUCGAAUUAAUUUUGUUUUGCAGGUAUCGGUUUGGGGCGAUUAUGGACGUGAAAAAGGAAGAAAAGUGUUCAUGGGAGUGGCCGUUAUUUACAUGGACAACAUCUCUACAAGUCCUGGAUCGACGUUAACAGAGUGGUACCGGCUGUUUGGGUCAUCGUCGUUGGUUAGUGUCAAUGACAGAAUACGGAGUUCGUUUCCGUCUUUGUUUUAAUAGCGAUAUAAUAUUUUAAUCAUAACGCCGUUGCCGCUGUAGUAAUGUAAUUUAGAAGCAAAAAGACAUAUAAAAUUUAGUCGGUUUUAUAGCGUUUAAAAUAAUUACCUAGGUCAUAGGUACUUAUACAUAAAGAUAAUAAUAAUAUAUCCGGACGAUUAGUGAAUCAUUUGAAAAGUACAUGUUAAUAGGUUCGCUACUAUUAUAACGAUUAUAAUGGUUUUCGACGAAACUAUAAACGUCCAGUCUACGUCUACGAGUCUAUGAUUCUAAAGGUAGCUGUACACUGCAGGGAAGAAUAUGGCCAGAGUAAUCUUUAGCCAUAACUAGAGUGCUCUAGCAUCACGUUUGUUAACUUUAUGAAAACAAUUUGCUGUAGGUAAAACACUAUAAAAUACGGACUUGAAACAGGUAGAACUAAUCUAUCAAGACCAGUUUACGACUCUUGUACAUUUGCGAUAGAUAUUUCUUUCCGUGUGUAGAUCGAGUGAACGUAUAUAUAGUAGUCGUAGAGCUUUUCACGACAUCAUCGGCACUAGUUUCGCUCCUCUUAUUUUUAUUUUUGUCGAUUCAUCUGCACCAGAGAUUAUGCCAUUUUCUGUCACUUAAUUUACUUCUAAUGCUUAUCCGAUCGAUUUCAUACAUUUCGUCUUCAGCUGUGAGCCUAGCUCUCUAUUCUUUUAAUGUAUUUAAUUCCGUAUAACAUGGUUCAAAAAGUUCUAAACAUUUUAAUAUAUUUUUUUUUAUUCCACACACAAGACUCGCUUUGGAAAUAAUUUAGAAAAAAAAAAUCAACCAUACAAAACAAUUUAAUAAGUGCACUAAUUAGUUUAUUUUAUGCGGUAAAUAGACCUAUAUAAUCAGUCUAGCUCUGGCACCUUAUUUCCGGAUACAUUAUAUUAUUAUCAUUGUUCACUCUAGUUCGUUUAACUAGGGCUUAGAGCAGUACCUAGAGUACUCUAUAGAUACUAUAUGUACCUACGCUUCUAGACUAAAUGUUGAGGGUUCUAAGUAGAGCAAAGCUGGGCUAGUAACUAGUUAAAAAAUUAGAUUAUUAGUUACUUUUUUUGCUAACUUAAAUAGUUUAAAAAAAAAAAAAAAAAAAAAUAGAAUGUUAGACAAUAAUUUGAUGAUAAUAAAAUUUUUUAAUUUAACUUGGUUAUUUUAUUAAAAUGUAAGUUAUUCUAAAAAGUACUUAUUUAUGUAUUUUUUAAACCAUGUAAUGUGUACUAAUGUUUUUAUAUUUAUUUUUCGACAAAAUUACAUAUUAUAUUUAUGUCAAUAUCAUUGUCACAUUAUAAGACAGGCGUGCAUCUCGUAUUGUAAUUUUUCGUUCGAUGACUACAAACAAGUACAAAACAAAAUACGAUUAUAUGAGCACAGUUUUAAAAAAAACAAAUUUUAUCAUUUAACUUAACUUAUUAAUUAUUUUCUUGAAAAUUUUUAAUUUAAACUAGUAAAACAAUUAUUUAAUUUGUCUAUCUUUGAACUAGGGUAACCCAACGAAAAAAAAUCUUCAGUGUACGGGUACUUUUAGGGUCUGCAAGUCGCAUGGUGCCUAGUUGGAUUCUUUUUUUUUCACUUAUAUUUAUGUUGUUCUCGUUCUUUUGUGUAUGUACAAAACAUUUUAAAAUAUAGUAUAUAAUAUUCGGUUUUAUUUUUAAAAAUAUUAUUCGUCUUUCAAUGCUCGAGUCAUCAUUACUAUUAUUAUUAUUACUAUUAUUAUUUUGGUUAUUUAUUAUGUUGUACUUAAGCGCGGAUCUAGAAAUGAAAAAUGGAGGGGAGGGGCUAAACCAACAUAUUUUUGUUUUGUUGUUAUCAAAAAUCAAAGCAUACAUAGUUUAUACUCAAAUACUUAAUAGGAAAAUUUGUAUAAAACUUAAAAUACGCCUAAAGGGUCAGGGCUAAAGCCUCUUAGCACCUCUCCUCGGAUCCGCGCCUGAUUAUACAGAUAGGUGCUUUUUUUUUCUUAUUUUCUACUUCUAUAGUUUCGCUUCACGACGUACGUCGGACUGUUUGCUACAUAAAAAUAUUGUAUUAUUUAUGUAUUGUCCGUGAUUUACUGCUCAUUGAAAGUACAUAGAACAUUAUUUGUUUUGCAGAUUAAAGUAUUAUUUUUGAACUUUGCGUAUAAUUGUAUUGCUUUUGAAAUCAUUGCAUCGUAUACUAUUACUAAAAUUAAUAAAAUAUAAGAUACAUUUAUGUGGACACAUAAGUGUUACGUGUAUUUAUUAGAGAUUUAUUUAUUAUCAGAAAACUCGUAAAUAUAUGUUGUUUAUAAUUAUCAACGUUUGGUUCUGAGCGGAAUCAUCUCUAUAAAUUAUUAGAGUUAAAUUUUUUUUUCAGAAAGUAAUUUUUUUAGACAAUAAAAAUAAGUAUACUGAAAUAUCGCAUAUACUUAGUUAAUAAUAUUAAACCUAUAUAAUUUGGAAUUUUUAAUCAAAUUUAAUUUAAUUUAUACAAUUAUAAUAAUUACAAUAGUUUAUGGGAUAAACUACCAAAACCAGCAUGUGAGAUUGUCGGAAUAAUUCGUUGUAAAAUCACAAAUACUUUUGAGUUAUUAUUUUAUAUUGGGUCUUAUUUUCAAUAUUAAAUAAAUAAUAAUUAUUUAACAUUUUUAAAAUCCGGCGAAUAAACUACAAAAAAAAAAACCGCAAUCCGCUCAGAAUCGAUUUUAAAAUGCGAUAAAAAUCAUAGUUUUUUCAUUAUAUAAUCUCUUUCAAAUUAUCUAAAUAAAAAACUAGUUGUCCACACUCACGUACGUUGAUAUUUUAGAUUUAAAAAAAAUUUAUAUUAUAAUGUUAAAACUUAAAAUUAUUGAAAACUAUAAGGGUCACAUUCGGUCAAUGUGAAAUAAUUUUCCAUUACUUAUUAAUAAUUAUAUUGAAAUUUUAACUUUUUUUAUGUUUUUUUUAAGAAUAUAAUAUAGUACAUAACUUUACGCGUAUAAAUAACGGAAAUAACGUAUACGAUUUAAAUAAAUAGGAUAAAUUAUUUUUUAUCUUUUAUUUCAUGGCAUUAUUAAAUCAUUUUUCAUAGUUAAUAAUCAUUAUAUUAUAUGUUAUAAAACUAGUAGAAUAUUUACUUUAAAAUAAUUAAGAUUUAAAUUUAAAUUAAUAAUAAUAAUAUAAUACUUAAAACUUAUACCUAAUUUUAAAUGUACUUAAACUAAUUGAUUUAUGGUAUAUUCCUUGAAAAACGGUUAACAAAGGUAAUAAAAGUGUGAACGAAAAAUCAAUUACUAAGUAUUCACAGGCGCAAUUUGGAUUGACACGUUUUGUAUAGUACACUUAAUUAUAACUUUUGGCUUUUCGGGCCUCGGAAAUCCCAAACAUAAAACGAGAACAAAAAUGUACACAUUAAAAAGUAUAUUUUAAAAACUUAUAAAUUAACAAACAUGAUAUUAUACAAAAGAAAAGAAAAUAUUUAAAAUUUAAAAAAAAAUUUUAAUGACAUUAAUAAGCAAACUACGAAGUACCCUCAAAUAUUCCGUGAACUUCAAAGUAUCCCCAAAUAUCCUUUGUUUAAUAUAUUAUCCCGUACACAAAUUAUCCAAAUUUAAAAUAUUUGCAUAGAUUUACUAGAUAGUUACACCUAAAUGUUAUUUUGUGUGCAUAGAUAAUAAUGUUGUAAUCAAUUUGUUAUUCAGUGAAUCAAGUUUAAAUUUAUGUUGAUAUUCGUUAAAACGCGCGAAUAAUAUUGGAAUAUUAUACAAUUUUCAAUUUCAAUUUCUCAAUACAUAUUAUGUUUAACCAAACUUGGCUUAGAAUCAAUUUCCGUUUGUAACGAUUUAUCGUUGCGUACAGAUGUAAAUUAAUCACCUUCCCGAAUAGUGGGCCUGCGGAACCCUGAGAAUAGGAUUACUUUGGAUAGUGAAUAUUUGAAUGAGAAUUAUUUUAUUGAGGGUGUGAUAUUUUUAGAGGAAACCGGUCAUCGCAUAUUAAAUUAAGCCAUAAGCCCAAAAUAUAAAAUAAAUUUUGAUCUUUAUUCAAUUACCUAACAUUUAUACCCGAAAGCACUUACCAUUUUUCCAAAUUGCGUCUGCGGCUUUAUUUCCCGCAGCCGAUGAAUGUUUUGCGUAUUAUAUUACUACUAUUAUUAUUGUUAUUAUCAAAUAUAUUUUAGUUGCAUUUUUUUUAUUUUUUUUUUUUUUGUCAAGUACUUGUCCUAAUUGGUUUUUCUUCGUUUGUGUUUAAAUUAUGUUUCAGUGAGUUUUGUUGCUUCAUUCUAUUGGGUUUCUUCUUUGGUGGUUGCAUGCAGACAACAUUUUUUUAUUUUAUUUUAAUUCCACAUAAUAUAAGUAACAUAAUAUUUAAGGUCGAGUCACAGCUAUGCAUCGGAGUAUUUUUUAACGCAGCUCUAACUUAUAUUCUCAACAUAUUCUAAAAUAAUAAUUAUUUUGUAAAUAACGACGGAAAAAAAUAUAUUAUUAUGUACCUGUAAAUAAACUAUUUAUUACGGAAUUAUGUGUUUUGUAACAUUAAAACUUUCUUAUUACGGCGGUAUACAUCCUUUAUAGUUUUAAUGAAAAAAACCUGUUUUUAACUGUUUAAUUGAUAAUUAAUGGACAAACUUUAAAAUAAACAGCGGAUUAUUUAUUAAAAAAACAAAAAAAAAAAAACAUAUUUAUUUAGACCUCUCCAUCUUGUCCUUUAAACGAUUUCCGUCCGACGAAGUGGCUCAGUGAUGUUAGGAUUUGUUUGUGCAACGAAAGACGACCGACGAUCGACUG